AUGUUUUGCCCUGACUGUGGGAAUCAGGUGGAAAGGUCAUACAACUUCUGUCCUAAAUGUGGCUUCAAAUUAUCUGACUUGACACAAAAAAGGGCAGAAAGUGAGUUUACCAGCAGUCAGUGUUGUUUGAUGUAGUUUCAGUGAUUGGGUAAAAACACAUUCAUAAAGGCUUGUUCAGUAGCAUGUUUGUUAAAGUUAGAAAGGCCCAUUGUAACAAUUAAUCAUUUAUUUUUGACUAGAUGUUACGAUAUCAACACAUAAAUCUUCAGCCACAGCUGAAGAGAAGAACCAAAAGACAGAUCAAGACCAGGAUCCGAAAGAUGAACAAGAAAAGACGGUCAAAACUAAGGUAAGGAAGCUAAGAAACAAUUACUGCAUUUCCACAAUUUUCAUGCUCAAUUAUAUGUGUAUAGAUACAAGAAGUUAAUCAAAAACAUACAACAGAAAAGCAAACAACAUUUACUCCCUCUUGCAGGAAAUGAAAGACUGAGUAGCCUGUAUGGUUACACCCUCAUUCUUGUACAGCAGUAAACAAGCUCACAAAGGGCAAGAGUGAUAAGAAUCAAACUGAAAGCAGUCAUUGAAGCAAAAGAGAGAAAAAACUUCAUGUUACUCUCUUGAUAAUAUAAAAUGCCUUUAUUUUAACGUUAUGGUCAUGUAAACCUUAAAGCAAACUUCGACGCAUCAAGCCUUCAUCAGGAAGUAAAGUAAGCAGAUGCUAGGUUGUGGUAGGCCCUUUUAAAGGGGUGCUUCUCCAACAGGUAAUUGCCACUUGGCCCUUGAGGUUUGACUUACAUCUGAUGACAACUAAAAAACUUUCCAGCAGAUGGUGUUAUUCAGGUCAAUAGAGGCUUCAACAAAGUUUUUGCCUCAAAAAAACAUGAAUAACAUAACUCGAUACAGAUAAAAUUGGUGAGAACAUAUCACCAUUCUGCUUUCCAACAUUUUUACGUUACCUGUAAGUUUUAAAACUUCAACUCAGUGCUUACACAACAUCCUUCCUUUACAAGAAUACAGUGUAAUCCUGUUCCUCAUUUAGUCUGGGAUGUUUAGUGGCUUGGAAUUUUUGAAUCCAGAAAGCCUCCUCUUGGUUCAGUUUCCUUUGUCUGUCACCUUUUCUGAUGGUCAGAGGGAUAUGGUCAAUGAUUUGUAAUGAAGUUGGGUUGCUGGAAUUACAGGGAAUGUUUUGCCACGGAGAAGUUAAUAUUUCCAGUUCUUAUUGCAUAUUUGUGUUCUGCCAGUCUUUCCUGUAGGUGUCUUUUUGUUCUGCCGACGCAAAACACUUGCCACAUGGGACAUUCUAGCCUGUAAAUAACAAAGGUGGUCUUGCAGUUAAUAAAGUGGUUGAUUUUAUACUCUUUUUGUGAUGUUGAGUCCAGAAAUGUCUUUGUCUGUUUAACAUUGGCACAAUGAUUACAGUGACUGCAUUGAAAAGAGCCUUUUGGUUUUUGUCCUAUAAACUAAGGACAACUUUGACUGUAAACUAGUUUAUCUUGUAGGGUCGGAAGUUCGACAAGUGCAGGCUGUGGAAAAAUGAUGAUAAAUUUUGCUUCACUCUGAAUUAUGCCCCAGUUUUUAUUUAUUAUCUUUUUGAUGUUUUCUGCUUCUGUGCUGAAUGUGGUGAGGAAAACUGGUUAUCAAAAAGACAAGCUUCAGUGACUUUGUUAACCCCAUUCCAAAGAGCACCUCAGACAAACUCUUUUUGAGUCCAGGUAGCACUCCUUUCCUUUUGUCUUUUGAAAGCAGUCAUUGUUAUGCAACCAUUUUUUUCUCCUACGUGCAUUCUGUCACGAACAUAAAAUAGAAUUUAAUCUCUGCAUGAAAGAUUCUUUGUUUUUGUUAAUGAAGGUUAUAUGUCUGACUAGUUGAUGGACAAAGCCAUUCUUUGUAAAUGUGUUUUCUUUUGAGCCGGUCAUGACAACAGAACACAGUCAAGCUAAGGUUUCUUAAGUUUGUCUUCUUAGCUUUUGUACCUUUGUUUAGUAGUACCUUUGUUUAGUUUUUGUACCUUUGUUUAGUGGUACCUUUGUUUAGUUUUUGUACCUUUGUUCAACUGAGUAGAAACAGAGAGGGUGGGGAUUUGGUCAAGAGUCUAAAGUUAGAGUCUUACCUGGGCUGUCUGCUCUGAGGACAACAGCCUCAUAGAAUACAUUGUGCUCAUGAUUUAACUGCUAAACCAUACCAGUGCCCAGAGUCAAACUCAACUAGAUAUCAAAUAUAGACUUUGACAAAAAUGUGAUGCAUUGAGAAGCUGACCUUUCAAGAUAAACCUUCUCAACAAGCUCUCUAAAAUGCAAGUGUUUGUUGUUGUUAGUGUGAAACGUUUUAUCAGUUUAUCAGUUAUCUAUGUCAUUGUGACUGUUCGAAUCCUAUAUUGUUAACUGACCCAAAUAAAGGUUUAUAGUUCCCUCAGAGAUCUUUUGCCCAGAAGUUAAUAAAACUUAUUUGUACUUCUUAUAGGGGCAGUCAACUAGCAAUGAACCAGAGCCAGCCAGUGAUGGUGUUUCAUCACAGGACAGAUCUGAUAACUCUGCUUGUCAAGCCACAUUGGAAAGAGAAGCAACACCCUUUGUUGACAAGGAAGACAGUCUGAUUGCUUCAUCUUCUGAUGGUACUUCUCAACCAUGCAGUGUGGCAGUUUUUUCAUUAAACUUACCACCAACCACCCCUAAACCUGCCACUGAGGAAAUAAAGGUCCACCCAGAUGGCAGUACAGAGGACAGCCCUGAUUCAGUUCAAAAUACUGCCAACAGGCCAACUGACACUACCUGCGCAGCAUUGUUUGACAAUGCGUCAUCACAAGCACCAGCUCAAACAACAGGCUCUGUUUCAUCUGAGCCAUCUGAUCAAACAUCUCAAGAAUGUGACAAGAAAGAAGAUGAUGAGACACAAAAUCUGACUGAUGGUAAAAAUGACACUUUUCAUGGGCAUUCAACUAACAAUGACCUAGAACCAGCCAGUGAUGGUGCAUCAUCACAGGACAGAACUGAUAACUCUGCUUGUCAAGCCACAUUGGAAAGAGAAGCAACACCCUUUGUUGACAGGGAAGACAGUCUGAUUGCUUCGUCUUCUGAGGGUACUUCUCAACCAUGCAGUUUGGCAGUUUUUUCAUCAAACCUACCAACAACCACCUCUACACUUGCCACUGAGGAAAAAGAGGUCCACCCAGAUGGCAGUACAGAGGAGAGCCCUGAUUCAGUCCACAAUACUGCCAACAGGCCAACUGACAUUCCCUGCGCAGCAUUGUUUUACAAUGUGUCAUCACAAGCACCAGCUCAAACAACAGGCUCUGUUUCAUCUGAGCCAUCUGAUCAAACAUCUCAAGAAUGUGAUAAGAAAGAAGAUGAUGAGACACAAAAUCUGACUGAUGGUAAAAAUGACACUUUUCAGGGGCAGUCAUCUAGCAAUGACCUCGAGCCAGCCAGUGAUGGUGCAUCAUCACAGGACAGAUCUGAUAACUCUGCUAGUCAAGCCACAUUGGAAAGAAGAGCAACACCCUUUGCUACCAAGAAAAACAGUCCAAUUGCUUCAUCUUCGGAGGUUACUACUCAAUUAAACUUCUCUGUUCUUGAGGGCUUGGACUCUUCGUCACCUGCUACAGAGCUAAAACCUGAGGCUCCUAAUAUCAGUACAAAGAACAGCCUUACUACAGUGCAGGUUGCUGCAAACAAGCAAAGUGAAAAUCCUUUUGGGCAGUUAUCCAACUCAUCAUCAUUACAAGCAACUACUGGUGAAACCAGCUCAGCUGUCCCAGAAACAUCUGAACAAAGACCUGAAGACUGUGAUAACAUGGUGGGGCAGUCAGCUUUUGAACAAGAAAAUGGAGAGAAAGUCCUUUUUGACAGACAAAAUCUGCUCAAGAGGGGGAAUGAAAACCACAACAAAACAAAACAGCAAACAAUUGAUAAACAAAAUGGUGAGACAGAAGACCAAGCAGCCAGAGAGCCUGCUACUUCACAUCCUUUGUCAAAGGGAACAUCCCAAAAGACUGAGGUACAGUCAUUCAAAGCCUUUUUAUGUUUACCUGGUAUGGAUCAAACUCCAGUAGGACAUCAGGAGCGUUUGUCAGUGCAAUAUCCUGCUUAUUCUUUUAGGGUUUUGUACAUUCUUAAACCUCUUGUGUUCUCACAGGCAUUUAAAACUGAAUCAAAGGAGAAAACACAAACACAUCUGGCAGAGGGACAUGACCAAUCACCAGGCAACAGGGUUCUAGGGAAAUACACAUCACCAAUCCCCUCCUGCCCUCCUAAUCAGGCUUGUGAUGUGGAGCUGGGUGUUGCAGUGGCAGCUAAAGACUUUAAAACACCCAGUAAACUUCAGGCUGCACAAAUGUAAGUAUUUUGAUGCGAUAGAUUUCACUGCAGAUUUUUUGUAAUCCCAUUGGAUGUAUAAUUUUUUAGUAAAAUGUCAACACCAAAUGUCACCUAAUAGCUUUAUUUGGUCUUGCUUUUCAGUAUUUACCACCAACUUAAAGAUAACUGAAUGUUAAAAAAAAUAUAUAUUUCUAAAAAAAAAAAAUUUAUAUAUAUAUAUAUAUAUAUAUAUUGUGGUUAACAUUUUUCUGUCCUUCUUUCUUAGCUCAUCGAGCAGCCAGGACAUGUAUGUGUACUUCCAUGCUGUCACACCCAAAGAUUGGGGUUCAGAUGAUAAAAUUUACUUGAUGUCUGGAAAGUUGUUUGGACAAUGGGAGAGAGGCAUUGAAAUGUCCAUUUCAAGGUAGGCCAUUAAAAAAAAAAAAAAAAAAUUAGUAAUACAAAAAAAACUUUUCUUGAGUACAUGAGAUCCCACUGUGGUUAUUUUUCCUGUUUUGCAGGAAGAUUGAAGGCAACAGAUAUCUUGUUGAAGGACAAGUGCUGAUCCCCAAAAAUCUAAUUCAUGAGAGAAUACCCUACAAAUAUGCAUUCAUGCAUAGUAAACAUGGCUUUAAGACUAUGUAUGAGGCAAUCUACCAGAAAGAUGGACAUGAGUAUAUCAACAGGUGUCUUUCAAUCAGAAAGGAGUUGUUAACACAUGAAGGUAGUUGAAUAAGUUUGUUUACACUUACAAUUAAUAGCAACUUCUAUUUAUGUUCACAGAUUUAAGCUGGACACAGAUACCAUCAGUUAAAUAUUUGCCAGCAUAAGCAAACUGCUUUCAAAACAUGCUUGCACAACUUUUGACAUUUAAAUGACAAGAAAUGGCAUUUCAGGAUUGGUACAAACAGUAACUUUGUGGCCUUUUCUGAAAUUGUUUCUGAAAAUUAUUUAGGACAACUUCUAAAUCCUGAAAAUUAAACCAUUUAUGUGUGGUUUGCUACGAAUAUGAUUAGAUUUUUUGGAAUUAAAACAUACCAAACAGUUUAUUACAUAAUACAAGUUUAGGGAUGUAUGGAAGUGAGAAGUGUCAAGUGAGCAAAGCUGCUGUGUUGACUUGAGUUUAAAUGAUAGGAUGAUGGUGUACUGAAGUUGUCAGUAGUUGCCACAAAUAGCUUGAAGUAGCUUAUACCAGUUAUCUGUUGAAGUUGGUGCAUACUCUCAUUGCCUUUUAUGGCCUUGGUUCUUGAAACCCGCAGUCCAUUCGGUCAAGCUCAGUCACAACAGAGGAAAGCUUCAGAGAACAUAAAAACAGCAUGCAAAGCAUCCCUUCAUGUGUGCUGUUGUAAUUUGUAGGGGAGUGGCACCAGUAUGACGAUGUGAUCCAUCCUGAGCUGAAGACAAAUUACUGGCAAGGACAGUUUUCAACCAAAGAAAUUGUGAUCCAGGGGAGAAACCUAGCUGGCAGUGUGAUGCUGAACACCAUUUUUGAACUCCUGACCACUUGGGACCAAAUAAAUGUUGACAACUUCUUUGUUCUGCUGCAUCAGUUCUUUCAUACGUACAGCUCUCCUGUACUUCAUGAUGGUGAAGAAAAACAAUGGGGAUUGCCAUAUGGUAUUGAUCAGGUAAAUAUCAUGGUCCUUUUAAAAACAGAAAUGAUUAGUAAUAGUUGUUAAUUGAUUUUUAAAUAAUAAGCGUUUGUAGUUAUAUGUUGGAUGUUACUUUCUUUUACUUUUUCUAGGUGAAAACUCUUCUGAAAAAUGCCCUUAGAAAGGACAAGGAAUGCUUCUUAUCCCCACUUCACUUUGGAGUUGUUCGGUUGCUCAUUUACAACAAGUAUCUGAUAGAGGACAUGAAAGAGCAACUGUCCAGUCUCUGUGAUCUGCUAUGCCUUACAUGGAAGCCUCAACAUCAUUUCAAAGACUUCUGGAAAAAGUUUGCACAAGCUUUGUCAGAUAAAGACAGGUAACUAACGGCAAUAACAAAAUAAAAGUUAACAAAAUAAUUCAGUCAUAGAUUUCUAAGAGACAAAGGGAUUUCUGGAAAUUGUUUUAGAAAUAGCAUUUAUGAAGAUGAUGGAAAAAGCAUUUAGAAGACUUUGCCAGUUGAUCUCAUACUAAUCAAAAAUACAUCAUCAGCUUUGCAUCACCCUUAUGUUUAUUUAUUGAGAUAUAGAGUAGUCAAGAGAAUGCACCUUUUGAAAAAUACUGACUCAUUCCAAUACAGCCAUUGUACUAUCGUUUAAAGGCAACAUUACAAAGCCUUCACAUAGGCAAUGAUAAUAUUGCCUGUGCUGAUUCUUAAUAAUUAUAUUGCUGUUUCUUAAUACAUUUUUGUCAACCUUAGCCCUGAUAACUAUCUGCACUGUGUUUUGAACCUUGUUCAUUGAAGAAUAUUUCAGCAGUCAGAGGUAAUGUUUCAAUAAAUAGUUUACCAAUGACAGUGUAAUGGAAUCAGAUGAAGACAUGAAUAGAAUACUUUUAACAACUUAAAACAUCAUGGACUGAUACCUUUCAUGCAUUAGUAGUGUGGGUUUGACCUUGGGAAGCAAUUGAAACCUGUUUUGCAAGAUUUUCUGUCCAAAAGAUUUUUAGAUUGCAGAUUAUAUCUUUACACCAUACCUUCCAACAACAUAAAAAAGACCAGACAUUCACAAAGCCUAUGUCUAAUGAUUUUUUCCUGCUGUGAAAAUAGUCAAAAUGACUUCUCUGCUGGUUAAGAAUUGCAGGUGCUGUUGAGAUGCUUUGCAAGAAUGCCAAAGAACACGGUGUUGAAAAGUGGUUCUUGGUCAUUCCUCUGAUUCACCUACUGAGAGGAGAAAGCGAGCCAUUUGAGCCAGUUCCACCUAACCUUAAGCCACAGUUUGACCCCUGGACAGGCUUGAAGGGGAGUAAAGGGACAAAUGUCUACAGGGGCAGCUCCUCAAGGUAUGGCAGUGUUAUUCUUACAAGGACUCUGUAGACCAUUUGAGAUAUCAGGUGAAAUUUUAAACACAAACUUCUCAUAUAUUUGAAUAUUAUUAUGUCCCAGUCUACAGAGAGCGAGUACACAUUAAAAUUCAGCUGAGUUUGUUUUUGUUCUACCUCAUCCCUUACCUUACUAAUAUCCUGAUUUUCUUCCUCCACCACCUUGUGACCAUUAUCCUCUCUUGGGGUCAAAGACGGAAUUUCAUUGAGAUCCUGGAAAGACAUGCAUACCUGAUGGACAUUGAUCAGCUCCUUUUUCGCUCCUGGAUGCCCCUGCUCGAUUUGAACGAGUUGAAAAGCUUUGCACAAAAUGUUCAAGUAGGGGUCUUAGACAUCCUCCUGUACCUGCGGUUCAGUGUAAAAUCUGGUAUGACCCCCUCGAACUACACGGUACGUGUGCCUGAAGCGGCUGCAUUUGAAUUGAUAUCAUAGACUAGAAAAACAGUGUCACAAUGUUUAAGUGGUUGCUCAUGCAGAUAUGACUAUCCAAAUGUACAUUGUAUGGCUAAUUUCAGCAUUUUCAAUUCUUAAAAAGUGUCAGAGCUCAUUGUCAGAAAACAAGCCUCAUUAUUUUAAAUACAGUACUUGGUCAACACCUAAUGGACCCCUAAUGGUAGUAACUAGAUGGAGUUAUAAUGGAGCAUGAAAUACCUAGGUAGGUAUUCAUGACCGAGAUACUACCACAACUGUCAUACUACAACAGUACCACUGCAUUUCAUCAAAUUUUAUGUUUGGCUUUUCUGAUUACAGGCUUUCAAAGAACUGGCAUCUUAUCUCAUCAAUAGACUUUGCAAUCGCAAUGAAAGGUAAAAACAUAAAUAAAUAAAUCAUUAUCUUUUACAUGUCAUCAAGUCGAAUCAGUGCAGGGAUGUCAAUGAAUUUUGAUAUUAAAGAGUGUAAAAUUCUUAACUUCUUUGAAUCUUCACACUGACACAACAAAUGUCUUUUUUAGUUUUGAUGAACUUCAAGGAGAGUGUUGCCUGAAAAUUGCAGGAAGUCUUCUUGGUGAUAUCAGCCAUCAAGCAACAGAUCCACAACACUGCGAUGUUCCUCUCAAAUUCCUGGAUCUAUUCUGUCUGAUUGCAAAAAGAAACAACCACACUGGUUCUCAGGUAAAACUCACUUCUCUGUCUAUUGGACAGGCAUCUCUUUUGUGUCUCAUAGUCAGCUUUAAAUCCCCAAAUUACAUAGUUUUAACUGUAAUGGCUUUACCAUUAGUGAAUGAACUUUAUUUGACCACAGCAUGGAAAAUUGUGAAGCUGUAAAAUCACACAGCUAAAAUCCUUAACAGCUAGAAGUUAAAAAUAACAAUGUGGGCCACUGGAAUCUUCAUGAUUUAGUUUAUUGAUGAAGAAAAUCUCUAAUGAACACUUGAAAUUUGGGAGAGGUUCUAUGGUUCAUUGCUUCCAAAAAUUCCAUGCUUAAAAAAAUUCUUACAUAUAAGAUUUUAAUAAUUCCACUUGUGCUCAAAAUUCCAGUCAGCAGAGAGGAUUCAUGAAGAAUUAUUCUGGGACAUAUUAGAAAGAAUGAGGGAGUGGCAGAAAGAUACCUUCAGGCAAAAACUACUAACUGCAUGGACACGGUGUUCUGUUCCCCAUGAAAUCCAGGUAAGGUGGAAUGAAAAAGACUGGUGUUUGUACGUUAUUUGAUUCUGUGAAUUGACUUAAAACUAGUUCCUCUUUUUCUAGUGGGGUACCCAGUUAAUGUUUUAUAGAAUAAUUUUAAUGCCACAUUAUUUGUCUAACCGCAGGUAUGGGAGAAGUUACUGUCACUUCUGUUUCAUCACGAAAAACACACAAACUCAUGGAGAAUGGCCUUCACAGAGGAUUUUGAAGGAAAACUAAAAAGAGUAAGACAGAUCUUUUGAUCAUGGUUACAGACUUUAGAAGAAGAAUUUACAAAGAAAAACUGAUCUGUGUUUGUGUGACAGGAAAAGCCAGUUGACCAAAUUGGAGUAUACUCCAACAAGAUAAAGGAGCUGAGAGAGACAUGUCCACAGCUGUGCAGCAUAAUGGAGAAAUGUGCACUGGAAGCCAUCACAGUUAUUUGCCAGGUAUGAUUUUGUGAUCGGUUAAUAAUUGGUUAACAAACACUUAAACAAGUGAUGGGUUUGAUAAAAAGUAUUUUGGCAGUCAAUAACUAUGAAAUGCUCCUUCAAAUAAUGUGCUUGUAAGAAAUGACUUACUGGGACAACUGAAAUUUAAGAGCAAAAAUCAUAGUUUAACCAAAGAGACUCUUAAUCCCCUCUUUAGCUUUGGAAGAUUUUUUAAAAAGUACAUUACUGUUUUCUUGAAGAUUAUGAGCUUUUUCAUGAAUCUCUAGAACAAAUACUGUACAUGCAUUUUACUUGUUUGUACUGGUGCUACUUUGAGUACUUGAAAGUUUGGCUUUUUUUUUUUCCACUUUUUUUUUCUUUUCUGUGUUCAGGAUAAAUCUGGCAGAGCUGUUCAUGAUUUACUGAAGAAACAUGACAUUACAAAGUUUGGGAGGCUGAUGUCUGUUGUUGUGCUGGAAACAUGGCCCAAAGAUGCAAAUGGACAUUACACUAAAGAAGAGAUCUUGGUAUUUGAAUACCUCCUCAGAUGGCCAAUGAUAAAAGCUGUCUUCUGUGUGGCAGGUAAGUAUUGGUAAACUCUUGUAACAUUUGCUUGGAACCUGUUGCAAUAAAAUGCAAUCACUGACAAAGGAAACUGAGUUCUAUCAGAGCUGUUUUUGGCGUAGUUUAAAACUGGGAAAUGAUUUUUCAAUUAUUUGGAAUAUAUGACUCUAACCAUGAAAUAUAAUCUGUAUUUUUAUUUUUGUUUAUAUUUUGUCUUUCAGGUCAGGAAGCACGGCUAAUUGACAGAUUGUCAGAUGAGGCCCAAAAUAUAAUGAGUUUGGCGAGUUCAGCUUUUAAGUCUGUGACACAGAAGUUCUUGAGUGGAGAGAUCCAAAUGAAAGUUUUGAGCCAUAUCUUCCAGAACCAACAGAAGUUUGUUGACCUGCUGAAAUUAGGUUAAUAUGAAUAUCAAUCUUUAAAUCUUUCUCUCUUCAACUUUUUUCAUCUUUCACCCUCUUUCUUCUUGUUGUUUUAUACGAUUAUCCUCAACUCAAAUUUUCAGAUAGUGAACUAGUAUCUGAUCAUCCCUUAAAGGGGACCUGCCAUAAAAAUGUAAUUUUUUGUGUUUUUUGUGUCAGAUAAGGUCCAUAUUAUGUUCGUCUUAUGUUGUAAAUGUGAAAGCAAACCGUUACGUCGUUUGCAUUCUGUAAAGGUUUAAAAUAAAGGAAUGGGUAAACCAGGCCAAUUGAAAAAGCAGGUCCAUCUGACAUUGCGUUGACGUUGCUCAUUAUUAUUCACGAGCGAGUCCUCGUUGAGCCGCGCCCAUUCUCUCGUUCUCGUACCCAGUCACAGUGAACGUCACUCUCCAGAGCGAGACCCAGCUACCACUGUAUCCGCUAUGGGGCUCUUCCCAACGACCGUUGUUUCCUUGGGUUUACUGCCGGGAAAAUGAACUUAAAGCUGGGCAGAAUGAAUGAGAAAACACCGCUGGAGAUCUCCGGCUUCUUCUUCAACUUCCACCUCCUCUUCGGAUUUGGGGUCUAAAAUAUAUGGUUUAAUACCUGCCAUUUUUAGCCUUUAGCAUAAGGUGACCAGACGUCCCCGAUUUCCGGGGACAGUCCCCGUAUUGGAUGACCUGUCCCCGGCAAAAGCUGUCCCUGAAAAUGUCCCCGAUUUAAGCGUUUCAUGAAUGAGAACAAAAAUGUUGCAUGUGGGCUAGAACAACGGUUAUUACAGUAGCCGAAUAGGUAGGAAGCACAAGUAAGCAGUCCUGAACAACAGUUCUUACGGGGUUAUUACAAGGGGCAUGCGCUGCUACUAAAUAGUACCGAGACUUUGUCUGUGAUCACACAGACCCUGCAGCCCCUGCACCGCUGCCGCCGCCACACCAAAUAUCCCCGGAUAUCAUUACAGACAUCUGAGCACCUUACUUUAGCACACAUUAGCAUAUGCUAUUAGCAUUAGCAUAAUAACAAUGGAUAAACCAAAAUCCGAACCUCCACUGCUGAGCCAAUCAGAGCACAGCAGGCUUCACAGCAGCGAUCCAAUCAGAGCAAAGCUCAUUACCAUAAAUGUUAAUGAGCCAAAACCAGUUGGUUUUCCUGUAAGGUUUUUUAGGUAUACUAAAACAAACCAUCAAAUAACUUUUCAGCUAAAAUUAUGUUGCAAACAUGAUCAGAAGACAUCAAGGAUUAUGAAAAAAUGAUAAAAAUGGGUAUGAAAUUUUGGUGGCAGGUCCCCUUUGAGUUUUAUUAGAAAUUGAACUCAAAGCAUUUAUCUAAAACAUGAAAUCUUUCUAUAUAUAAAAUGAUAGAGUAUAAUGUCUCUCAUUUUCUUUAAAAAAAAUCAUGUAUUGUUUGAGACCUAAACAGGAUAAACAAUUUAGUCUUUCUUCAAAAGAAGUUUUUUCAAUCUUUCUUUUUUUCACUUUUUUGGCCUCCAGAUUUAUUUUAUAAAAGUCUUUAUUUUCCUCCAGAUGGACUUUGUGAUGAUGGUCGCUGCAGAGAUGACAGAAACAUUAAAGAUUUACUAAAAUGCCGAAAAGACGAAGCAGAAACUAUUCAAAGGGAGAAAGAGCUGGUCAAGAGUCUUAUACACAUCUGUGAAGAGCUUCCUCAACAUGUCAGAGGUAGGCGGCACAUGCACAUUGAACACAGAAAUGAUGUUAAAUGUUCCACUUUUCAAAUCACAGUGUGAGAAAACAAGGCUGUUACACUAUGCUGAAGAGUUAAUGAGUGAAUGAUCUUAAUGUUUUUUGUGUAAAUAUACCACUGUGCUCCUUAACGGGUCUUACUGUGGGUGCUGUGGGAAUAUAGGGUUCUGGAACCACUAUUAGCUAUCUGGUCUCUGUAUAACCAAAGGGAGAGAGCUGUGUCUACAUUUUGGCACGUCAAUCAAGUUCCAAGUGUAUACUCACCUGCACCAGGGUUGCCCCUUGUUGCCAUUUUUUAAGUGUUUGUGAUUUUUAUCAACAGAAUCUUAAGAUGCAACAGGCAGGUGUUUUUUUUUUUUUGGUUUGUUUUUUGUUUGGUGGUGAGGCUCUGACCUCCACAUCUGCUUUUUGUAGUGGAUGUGUUGGUUGCAGUUGGUCGCUUUCGCUGGGUGGAGAAUGAGUAUUUGCUCCACAUUAGGGAUGGGAAUCGAGAAUCGGUUCUUGUUGAGAACCGGUACAAAUGGUUCAAUCUAUAAACAUAAUUUACAUGUUAUCUUAACGAUUCCCUUAACGAUUCCUUUCUUCCGGGUGCCUUGAAAAAUGGUCUCGCGAGUGCCAUUCUACGCGAACGGGAACAGAGACAGAGAAAAAAACAUUGCGGACGAUACAAAAAGUAGGCAGAAACGAUCUAAAGAGUGGUUUCAUGUUACGAAGAAAGACAACAACAGUGCAACGUUUUUUGGUUUCCAGACAAUCAAAGAUUGUCCUGUGUUUCUGUGGAGCCUCACAGACACUGGAUUGAUACUUUUACUUUACAGUUUGGGAUGAUUCAGGUCGGUUUAACUGUAAACUAUAUUUAAGCAGUGUUUGUUGCAAAAUGAACACUUCAAUGAAAGGGAAGCAAACGCGAGAUAUAAUGUUUAUGUGGAUUGUCUUGCACUGUCUCGGAGUAAUGCAUUCAGGGCAGCCUCAGAUAAAAAAAUGCUGUAUUGCACGCACAGAUAUUCAGAGAGCCUCAUACAGGAGAGAGCAUGUAAAACAUAUGAGAACUUUAACACUUAUAUUGGUGGACUAAAUGAUUUCAAGGCAAAAAAGUGUGCGGCUUCACUUAUACUUAUUUAGAUGAGCAAUCUAAAUACAAAUACUCUCAUAAUUAGCUCAUAUCCACCAUACAAGGGAACCCCAAAACUACCUGGCACGCGCCACAAAAAUCUCCCAGAUUUUAUAACCCAGAUGUUGGCAGGUAUGCAAAUAGCACUUCUGUUUGAUUAUUUUUAGACUCUCACUGAAGAUGGCAUACACCUUUUCUGUUAUCAGAGACUCAAUAAAAUUUUUAGUUAAUGUGAAAACCUAUAGUCUGCUUUUUUUUAAUCGAAGCAAGGCAUUGAUAAGGGAAUUGAUAAGCAGAAUUGAUAAUGGCAUCAAUAUCGAUUAAAACUCUUUGUUACUGUUAAAGUUUGUUGAGGACAGAGCUAAGAAAAGCUAGACAACUAAAAAGUUGUAGGUCUGGGAAUGUGAGGCAGAGGAAACAGCCUAGGAAUUGAACAGGAUUUGGGGAAUGUCAAGAUAUAGCAAGAAAAGGGGAACUGUGCAGCGGAUUGUGAAAGGCAGGACCUUAAUGUCUACAUUUCUUCUAAAUUUUGAAAAAAAAACAUUUUCUCCACAGUCAACUUUGAGGGUUUGGAUGAAAAACUUCGUCAGGACAUUGAGAUGAUGAAUCUUAAUGAGUUAAUGGAAGUUCAAACUCUUGAACAGACUUCUCAUACAGCUGAGGUCACUUAUUUCAACUUGUGUGGCAUCACCCGUCAAAUGGCUGCAGAACUGGAGGCCAUCAAAGAUAGUGUAAUCUUCAAAAUGUGCUGGAAAAACCAAGUAGAAGACUUGUCACAAGAACAGGGUGAUACAGAAGAGAGUGAAGAUCUCAGUGAAGGGGGAAAAGUCUACACUCUUGACAUGGUUUACAGCAAAAUAUUCAAGAGCUGCUACAACAAGUACAAAGCUCUAUAUGAAGGUCUUAAGAGUGGGGAACUGCCACUGGAGGAAAUAGACAGCAUCCUUGAGGACUUUGACGGAAGAUCUGAAGAUUUGCCGAGAGAUUUGGGCAUGAUGUGCCGAACAGAUCCAAGUGAUAAGAAACAAUGGAUCGAAAAAAGAGUCCACCAGAUAGAGCAGUACCGUGAUCUUCACCUUGCAAUGGAUUCUGCCCAAUUCAUCAUGGCUAUAAGGAACUCAGUAUGCCCAAAGGGAGACUUCCACUUGAUUGAGGAAUUGCUGCAAAUGGUAUGUUUCUUAAAAUUUAAUUUUCAGCGAGAGCAGACCUUUCCUUAAAAAAUCACCCAGAAAUAGCUGCUAUUAUAUAUAAGACAGUAGCAGGAGACCCAUUGAAAUGCCUGACUUGUCCAUAAUUGUGAAGAAUAAGUUUUCUUGUAUACCUGACUAGAGUGCAUUGCUAUCAACAAGUAACAAAUUAUUUCAAUAUUUUAUACAUUUUAUCAUUAAGACUAAAUGAAUGUUGUGCUUUGAUGUGAAAAUACUCAGACACUUAAUACUACAACAAUCUGACUGUACGAUAACAAUAAAAAAAGAGUCUCAACAUUUAUCCAAAGUCAAAAACAGUUCAGAGGAGGGUUUUUGAGUAACUUCCUGUAGUCACAAAACUUUGUAAGAUUAAGAUGUAAAUUUAUAUGGCAUCAAGACUGGAUUUUUUAAAAGUGCAAAUGAUUAAUUUUCAGACUCAAACAGACUUCAAGAAAAACGGCCUGAACUGUAUGAAUGACAGCUUCAUAAAAGCAAAGACGAUGAUGACCGACAUUACUGGAGAUCACAAGCAAUGUCUUGAGGAACUUUCUCUGAGCCUAGAGUUUGUCCAGUGGGUUAAAAAAGAACUCAAAGGUACUGUCAACACUUUUUUUCUUAAACAAGACUCAAAAAUUUGGAAAAUGUUUGGCUAUUUAAAUACGUUUGUUGUUGCAGAUAUAAAUGAGCUGAAAGUUUUCACCGACCUCGCAUCCAUCUACGCUGGAGAAAAUGACAUGGAGGUGGAUCGGGUGGCCUGUUUUCAUGAUGCUGUUCUGGGAUACUCGUCUUUGUUAUAUGGACUGAAUGAAGAUUCAGACUUUACUGCCUUCAGCGGGUGCCUGUCCAAAUUGUGGAAGGCUCUUGAAAAUGAUAAAGAAAUACCAAGGAAGUUGGUGAGUCAUUUCUGUCCCAUUAAGUAAAUAAAUGACCGUGAAUGCUGUAAUCAUAUUACUGUUUUGUUCUUUUUGGUUUUCAGUGUGGGUGGUGGUGGUGGGGUAACAAAAGUUAUCUUUCUAGAUAUCAUUUAUAAUGUUAAUUUACUUGUGCUAACCACCAGAUCUAAAUUAGAUUAAAUGUGUAAUCUUUUAGCGGGAUACAGCACGCCAUCUGGUAUGGUUGAAGACGGUAAGGGAAAGCCAUGGAUCUGUUGAAUUUUCAUCCCUCAUGCUGGCAUCAUCCAUCAAUGAGAAGGGAGUGUACAUCAUCAAGGCCCAAAAUGAGAAAAGGGUGUGUGAUAAAAUGCUUAAUGGAUACUUGGACUGAAUGCUAAAAUUUAAAGGCUAAAGGCUAUCAGGAUAACUAAAACAUGAUUGUCGACUGUCCUUUGAAAAACUCAGUUUCUUAACCUUUUAUUUUUUGAAAUAUUUUUCAGUACCAAAUAUUGGAUUAUUAAAGGUGACAUGUCAUCAUAAUCUAGAGAGAGACAAGAGUCUUAAAAAGGAUACUUAUACAUGAUCAACUUCUAAUUCCAACAACUUCAUGUGUAUUCCUUAAGAGUCAGUUUGAUUGGAGCAGCUAAUGAUGAGCACUUAUUACUAAGACAAAUUCAGCAACAGUUCAGCAGAAUUUACUACAUUACUUUGUAAAACUAAUCAUAUUCACAGAGCUGUCCUGUAUCCUCCUUUAACAUUUUGAUGUUUCUCACAAUAGCUCAUUUUAGAGACUUCUCUGAUGCUGCAAAUAGAGGAUGGAGAUGGGGAAAAUAUGAGAUGCUCUUAUGAGGACCUGAAAGAGUUGCAAAAUAAGCUUAUGCUUAUGUCUGGAAGAGGGGAGCAAAACCAGAGUAAAGUGGACUGCUUUGUGGAGGUGUUGUACACUGAGUUUACAUUUUGAGUGUUUUUCUUUUUAAAGGAAUUUGUAGUUUAACUCUGCUUUCCUCCAAAAUGAUGGUGAUUAAAAUAGAGUUUGCCUUCUUUAUUCAAAUAGUGAAAGUGAUCUCCCUUUUUCUUUUCUUAUCCAGGUGUUUGACAAUGUACAAAGACUUGCCAGUGUGUUUGUAGACCUUUAUUCAGCAGGGAAUCCACUCUUCAAGUGCUGGGAAGCAAAAAUCUAUUGCCAAGCUCAGAGUGACCCAUGCAUCUCAAUGGAAAUUCAGUUUUGCAAGACACUGCGUCACAUCCAAGUACGUGGAGAUCUGAUUGAACAACUUGCAGCACUUUCCCAGAAGAUGGAGUCGUUUCUUGAAGACUGGCAAAACUUCAUGGACAAACAGAGAUCUGACUACUACUACUUAAACUUUUUCACAGCAGAACAGUUGUUCUACCUGUGCAGUGCUGUUACCAAGACAAAUGUCGAUGCAGAAAUAGAGGCCAAAGCUUUGAUGAUGUUUUCUUUCAUUAAACCAGACUGCACAACAUCAGGUGUCUGGAGGACAUGGAAAAAGUUUCAUGAUCAGUUUGAGCCUGGCAAAAGGAUGAAUGAAGGUAUUCCCUUCAAAAGUCGCUUUUGGCACCCUGACACUGAUAAUGGUCAUUUUUCCACAGCCAGUGUGAUUCAUUCAACAGCAGGCGGUCCAGCAGACAGUGCAGUCCAAAGUGCUGGUUUGAAAGAACUGGAAGAGUUUUGGAUUGGUUACAUUGAGAAUGAAGAAAUCUUUUUCCAUGAUCUUUUGGACAUAAGAAGUCUAGGAUGUCUAUUAAAAAUGAUGACUGCCACAGAGGACCAAGUUGAAAUUGAACCGGAGCAAUUUCUGCUCUCAGAGACAAAAGACAAAUCACUCAGACGAAGCCUCCCCAAAGGCCUUUACCAAAACCAGCCAAAUCUCAUCAUUUGCCCACAUGAUGAUGUCUUAACAUCAAGUAUCUGCUUGUACAUGACCAGUGAGUAUGAGCCACUGCCAAGUUAUGAUGAGGUUCUCUUGUGUACCCCUACAACCUCUCUUGAGCAAGUUGAACUUUUCCUAAGGAGAUGUCUCACACCUGGUGGCAUUGGGCAGAAGAUUUAUGCAAUGCUUAGGGCAGAUCAACUAACCUAUGAUGUAAGCUGCGCAAUGGAGAAGUGCUAUCAGAAGCUGCAAUCCCUGUUGAAACAUGAUUUCAGACUAGUGAUCUUUUGCAGCUCUGAGAGGGAGCACACUUACAUUCCUACUGCAUUCAGCCAGUAUAAAAGAGACUUUGUGCCACAAGAGUCACUGGAAAAGAUGCAAAAGUAUUUGUCAAGGCAUUACACUGUGUCGUCAGAAUGCAAGAAUGCUUUGUUCAAAGGUGACCUUUCUGGUGGCAUUGUUGCAUCCCAACGUGCAGGAGUAGGUGAGUCUUACAUGUACAGUAGCUGUUCUUAUUGAAUUACUGACUACCAACCCCAGUGUUAUGAAAGGGAAUGAAACGGAAAGGAUGUCCACAUAUCAACAAAAAAUAGUAUUGUUUAAUGUUUGAAGUGACACUUUUUAAAACAAAAACAGCCAUUGGAGAAGAAUCUGAAUGAGAAGUACCACUCUAAUAUUGAGGACAGUCAUAUAAGUCAAAACAGCAAUAGAGUGUUUAUUCAGAAAAAGAAAAUGCUGGAUCAAUUCAAUAUUGUUUAAUAUCUUGGAAAAUUAAAAUCGUGUGCUGUUUGUGAUACUGCCAAAUGAUAUAUUGUUAUUUAUCUUUUUUAGGCAAAUCAUUGUACGUUCAAAGACUCUAUGAAAAGCUGGAGAAAAGCGUUCAGCAAGGGAGUGCAUUAAAGAAGUGCAUCCGAGUAACUGAACAUGAGGUCAAUGAACACAAAGUCCUCCGGUCUUUGUAUGACACACCAGAACAAAGAGAUGUCAUGGUGUUCCAUUUUGAUAUCACGUCCACGGUACGUUUUGAUCAACUUACACAAUAGUAAAUGUUAUCCAGAUGUUAUAAUCAUGUGGUUUUUUAUAUAUAUAUAUAUAUAUAUAUAUUUUUUUUUUUUUUUUUUUUUUGUUGGGCUGUAUAACGUUUGUUCCAGAAGUAAGUGUAUUACCCAACAGAGAUGCUGGCCAGCUCAGCCCCUUUGUUGAGAAAGCAGCCUGGGAGGUGAAAUAGGAGCUAGACUAUAAACCACUGCAAAAAGGGUCAGCUCUGCCAUGUAAUUUAACUAGUUUAAAGACGAUACAACCUAAAAAAUAUUAAAAAAAGAAAACAGAGUAAGUUUCCAACAUGUUAGGAGAAUUUCAGUGCUUUACUCUGCUGUUGGGUAGCCCAUUUGUUUUGUGCACUAAUUACAGACCCAGCUUGUGUACUGCUUGUUGGAGAGUACUGCAGUAAACUACACUUCAAAAUAUUAAAAAGCCUAUCUAUUUUAUUAUUAAAAGCUACUUAAAUUUUUUUGUAAUAUAAAAAUCAUAAUUUCCAGGUACAAAAAGGUUUGAAGGAAUUCCUGUUCAAGCUUCUCUUUUUGCGGUAUCUGAUGGAUUCAGAAGGACAAAUGUGGCGAUGCAGCCAUGAACACUUGUACAUUGUUGAGUUACUGGAAUCAUCCACGAAUCAUCAGCCCAGCUAUGCAUUUAAGUCUGUAAGUAAAAAAUCCUUGUUAAUGUAUUUUUCAGUUUUCUAAGGUUAUUGCCACAUUUCUGUUUACUUCAGCCACUGAUGCAUUUGGUUAAAUGUUUUUAAAUUAUUUUCUCCAAUCACUUAAGCGAUUGUUAACUUUAAUUUAUACCUGCAUUUGUGUAUUUUUCAGGGGCAAAAGGAAAACUUUGCCGUCUCUGACAUUUUCCCAAAGGUUAACUGUCAUUCACCAAAGGAGGUAAUGGCUUUGGAAAUGAGGAGGGAGGAAAAUGCUGGUAAAUCUGAUGAACCCCUGAUGGAUGACACAUUUUUCAUGAGUGAAGUGUAUCAAAGACCAUAUCAGUACCUCUCACGUUUUCACAACAAAAGCAAUCUCGACAACUUCACUUACCAUGGUGUUGAAGGGACUCAUGGAGAGUGUCUUCAGAUGCUCUUAUUCUACUGUGGCAUACCAGAUCCAUCUUGGGCAGAGAUCCGUAACUUUGUCUGGUUUCUGAAUCUUCAGUUGCAAGACUGUGAGAAUUCAGAUUUCUGCAAAUUUGAGUUAGUUGGGGACACUCUUCAAGGCUUCAAAAACUUUGUAGUGGAGUUUAUGAUCUUGAUGUCAAAAGACUUUGCUACUCCAUCUCUUUGCAUCACUGACCAGAGCCCUGGGAGGUCACAAAUUGACCUCAGCAGCCUUAAUGAGCAAGAUUUAGCUCCAUUCCUCAUUAGAAAAAGGUGGGAAUCCGAGCCUCAUCCAUACAUCUUUUUCAAUGAUGACCACAUGUCCAUGACUUUCAUUGGAUUUCACCUGCAGCUCAAUGAUCAACGGGGAGUGGACGCCAUAAACCCAUUGACAAGAGAAGUGAUUAAGAGAAACAUAAUGACCAAAGAGCUGUUCACUGGCUUAAAACUCCAGAGAGUCCCUUUUAAUCAGGACUUUGACCAGCUGUCCAGAGCUGACAAGAUUGAGCAUCUGUGCAGCGUGCUUGGCAUUAAGUGGCCCACAGAUCCUGAUGAAACAUAUGAACUUACCACUGAUAAUAUCCUAAAAAUGAUGGCAAUCCAUAUGAGAUUCAGGUGUGGCAUUCCAGUUGUUGUAAUGGGUGAGACAGGAUGUGGUAAGACAAGGUUAGUGAAGUUCAUGUGUGAUCUGAGAAAGUGUGCAGCAGAAGCAGAGAACAUGAAACUGGUCAAGGUUCAUGGAGGAACUACAUCAGAUAUGAUACAUGAGAAAGUGAGGGAAGCAGAAACUCUUGCUAGGUUUAACAAAGAGAAUCAUGCAUUUCACACAGUUCUUUUUUUUGAUGAGGCAAACACCACAGACGCCAUCAGCAGCAUCAAAGAAAUCAUUUGUGACAACACUGUGGAAGGACAACCACUUUGUUCUCAAACAGGGCUUCAGGUCGUUGCUGCAUGCAACCCCUACAGGAAGCAUACAGACAAGAUGAUUGACCGGCUGGAGGCGUCUGGAUUGGGCUACAGGGUUAGAGCCGAAGAAACUGAGGACAGACUUGGCUCUAUUCCUAUACGCCAGCUUGUGUAUCGAGUUCAUGCAUUGCCCCCCAGUAUGAUUCCUCUUGUUUGGGACUUUGGGCAACUUAAUGAUUCAACAGAACAAGUGUACAUUGAACAAAUGGUACAAAGAGAAACAAAAGCCAACCUGAUCGAGGAGAGGGGAGUUCCUACUAUAACAAACGUAUUGUCGUUAUCACAGAAGUUCAUGAGGGAAAGGAAAGAUGAAUGCAGCUUUGUCAGUUUGAGAGAUGUUGAACGGUGCAUGCAGGUGUUUGUGUGGUUCUACAAAGAGCACCCAACGUUUGCAAAAGAACUCAAAGAAUUUGUUCAAAAGCAAAAUCAGAGGACACAAAAUAAAAUCAGUUUUCCCCCUGCUGAUGACAGAGUGAUCUGGUCACUCUUGAUGGCUACAGGAGUAUGUUAUCAGGCCUGCCUGGAGAAUAAGAAGCCAUAUCUGCAAACUGUCAGCAAGGGGCUUCCUCAUGGCUACAACACAGGAAGAAUACUUAAGGAAAUUCAACUCAUGCAGGACCUCCUACUCAGUGGUGUACCCGUGGGCAGGACAAUUGCUAAAAAUGAAGCUUUGAAAGAAAAUGUCUUCAUGAUGGUAAUCUGUGUUGAGCUAAGAAUUCCCUUGUUUAUUGUUGGGAAACCUGGGAGCUCAAAAUCACUGUCCAAAACCCUUGUUGCUGAUGCAAUGCAAGGCCAAACCUCACACUCUGAGCUGUACAAAAGAUUGAAGCAGAUACAUCUGGUGUCUUUUCAGUGCAGCCCUCAUUCAUCCCCAGAGGGGAUCAUCAACACAUUCAAACAAUGCGCACGCUUUCAGGAGAACAAAAAAUUGGAUGAAUAUAUCUCUGUAGUUGUUCUUGAUGAGAUUGGAUUAGCUGAAGAUUCCUGUAAGAUGCCACUGAAAACCCUCCACCCAUUGCUUGAAGAGGGUUGUGUGGAUGAUGAGCCACAACCUCAUAAAAGAGUGGGGUUCAUUGGAAUCUCCAACUGGGCACUGGACCCUGCAAAGAUGAACCGUGGAAUAUUUGUGUCCCGUGGAGAUCCAGACCAGGAAGAGCUUAUCAAAACUGCCAAAGGGAUAUGCGCAUCCAAUAAGAACAUUCUGUCAAAGAUCGAUGUCCUCUUUCAGCCCUUCGCAAGAGCAUACAUGACCAUUUGUAAAGAGGGGAGGGGGUUUUUUGGUCUGCGAGACUUCUACAGUUUCAUAAAGAAGAUAUUUUCUUUUGCGAAAGACAGAAAUGAGAAACCCACUGCAGAUGAAAUUACUGAGGCAGUCUUGAGAAACUUCAGUGGAAAAGACAAUGUGGAUGUGAUUGGCAUUUUUAGCAAAGAACUCAGAGAUGAGUUUGCCAAUGCUUCCAGCUCCACCAGUGAUUUGGUCAAUGAGAUCACCUCUCCAGCUCACCAUGGUGAUGAAAGUCGUUACCUCUUAAUCCUCACAAAAAACUAUGCAGCACUACAGAUUCUCGAGCAGGCAUUCAUUUCUCACCAAAUCCAUCCAGAAAUCAUCUUUGGGUCCAGUUUCCCAAGGGAUCAGGAGUACACACAGAUUUGUAGGAACAUCAAUCGUGUCAAGAUUUGCAUGGAGACUGGACAGACAGUUGUGCUUCUAAACCUUCAGAAUCUGUAUGAAAGCCUGUAUGAUGCUCUCAACCAAUACUACGUGACCCUGGGAGACCAAAAGUAUGUGGAUCUUGGAUUAGGAACACAUCGAGUGAAGUGCAGAGUUCACAAAAACUUCAGGCUUAUUGUCAUUGAAGAGAAGGAGGUGGUGUAUGAGCAGUUCCCAAUCCCACUGAUCAACAGAUUGGAAAAACACUACCUUGACAUCAACACUGUUCUCAGUGAUGAACAGAAGUCUAUUGUCAGGAAACUACAGGGCUGGGUUGAUGAUUUUGUGUUUACCAGCGGUCAACACAACACAAAGCAAUAUGUUCCAAGUGAUGUCUUUGUUGGCUACCACUCAGACACAUGCUCCUCUGUGGUCCUUCAAGUGACAGGGAGUGACAGAACUGAAACAGAUGCACAGACUAUUCUGGACAGAGCCAAAGGAAUUUUGCUCAACUGUGCAACUCCAGACUCAAUCAUUCGUUUGGAAAAAUCCAGGCUGCCCGUUGAGGAAAGAGAGCAUUUGAUAAAGGAAUAUGCUAAAGAGAACAUGCACAGUUCCUUGGGCGACUACAUCAUCUACCACAAGAAGCAGCUGGAAGAGUGCCACUUUUUCUCCACUGAGGUAAUUAAGUGGAAAUGCUGAUUAAGCAUUUCCACUUAUUGUUUUUUAUUUUACCAUGCUGUCAUAUAUUUGGUUAAAAAAAUGACCCAACCUCAGUUUAGCAGGGAAACUUCUCAACAGUUAUGGACAGUGCAGGUUUUGAAGUCAGGCCCCCAGCUUUAUUUUUCAUAAGACUCAAAAUUUCCUACCAACUGUCACUGGAGUGGCAAACAUACCACAGGGGGAGCUGAUUUUUAUUUCACAAUCUAACUUUAACCGAGUGUGCCAGUACAUUAUGGGCAUACUUUUCUUGGUGCAUCUUCACCCUGUAGUCUUUAUAAAUGUUUUUAAAAAUUAAUUUCAAUUCCACAGUAGAUAAUAAAGGCCCACCUUAAUCAAGGGUAUUUUGCACAAGGAAAAAAAUAUUAACCAUACAAACAAAUUUUAGUCUCAGUCAAAAAUAUAAAAAAUGGGAAAUGCUAAACAUUAUCAGAAUUUUUUCUUUUGCUGUGUUUUGUAGGUCACAACAUUUUCAAGGCUUCUUACUGCAGCAGACACACACAGUUUGCAAAAAAAGCUAAAACUUGACAACAUCCAUCUGUUGUCACUGCAGCAGUUUGACACAGAGUACUCUUUCCUCAAGAAGAUCAGGUGUGUACAUUUUUAAAGGAACAAAUCCCAUCUUUUGAGCUGCCAAGGGCCCACUGUCUAUUCAAACACAAAUUACAUCUUUUCCUGGUUUUAGGGAGUGUCUUGGCUCAACAACUGCAGACAAAGUCCUCAUUAUCCAAAGAGACUUUGAGGAAGAUGCCCGCAAGAGGAAUGUUUUUUCCUCAGCCAAGUGAGUUUGAAGUUAUUUUCAAUACCAACUCUUUCUUGCAUUGUUGUGAAACCCACCAUUUUACAUCAUUUCUCCUUGUGCUUGAAUUUGAAUUUCAUAGGUAUGCAUUCAUCAAUGAAGUAAACAAGUGGGCCUCAACUGACAAUGCAAAGCCUCUUGUGUAUUUCAUCACCAAACUCCCUCGGAUUGAGGGGGGGACCUCAUACAUUGGAUUUCAAGGAGGUAAGUCCUACUCUUACAUAACAAGUUAUGAUAAAUUUUAUGCUAAUAAUUUAGUUAUAAUAUGAUUUCAUUGACAACAGCAGUAAUAACUAUCAAGAAUUAUUAUAGAACUUUUCACCCACAAAAUUAAGUGUCCAUUGUGUACGAAAUAUUUUACCAGAGGCAAAGGUGGAACAACAGAAUUUUGGACUCAUUUCAUGAUUUCAAUGGCCUGUCUUUCAUUUUAAGGUCCCUGGAGGUCUGUGCACAUCGAUGAUCUCAGAAGAACGAACAAGUUUGCAGCUGAUGUUGAUUCAUUGCAAAAGGUUUGCAUAAGUGAGAUUUUUGAAGAUCCACCUGAGGGUAAUUUUGCCUUUUUCUGAAACAGUAUCAUAUUUGAAUAUUUGUUAUUCAUAAAUAUCAACUAUAGAUGAAUUAACUGUUAUUUUACCAUCUUUUCAAGCCAUGGAAACAGAAGAUCAUGCACAGAAUGAUGACCCUACUGUAAGUGUAACUUAUCAUUAUAUAUUAAAAAGCAAGCUAGGCUUGUUCACAGUUUUUGUUUAAACUCAGACAGAUGCUACUCUAAGGUUUUUUUAAGUGUAAAAUGAGAAAAUUCGAUUUCUGUUUGACAAUUGAAGUGGGUAUUUUGUAGGGGUGGGAGAAAAAAAAUUGAUUCACAUAAGUAAUCAGGUUUUUUUUUUUAGAUAAAUUUUUAUGUUCAAAAAUUUUUAUUUAUUUAUUUUUUGUUCAAAUUAAAGAAUAAAUCUUAAAAACUGACUUACCCGUGAUGUGUAGUUUUUGGGGAAAUAUGGUUCCUAGAAUAGUCAGUUGGCAAUCAUAAUCAUUCAACUGUUUCACUGGUGUUAAAAACGCAGACUAAAGAUUGAGAUAAUCUACAAUAUCGUAGAAUCCCAAUUUAAAUCGAACUGGCACCCAAAAAAUCAUAGAAGAAUCGAGUUGGGAGAAAAGCAUAUCGUCCCAGCCCUAGUAUUUUGUAUUCCAAUGAUUAUUUUGCUGACUAUACUUAAUUUCAAAUUGUGUCAGUGAAAGAUACCUAGACUGUGCAAGGAUUAUUAUCCAAUUUAUUAGAGAUAUUCAAAACAUAAAGGUACAAGCAGUUGGACAGGAAGCAUUUUCUAGUUUAGACUUAAAAUUACUCAUUAAUGUACCAUUCAUUAAUGCAUCUCUUGAAUAACUAUAACUGUCAAGGCAGUGGAAACUAACUAACUUUUGUCACUGACAUACACAGGAUAACGGGACUAAUCUUGUAGGAUUAAUUUCUAGGAAUGUUUUACCUUUUUAAGUGCUCAACUGCUUUAAUUAUGUUUUUUUUUUUCAAAUCUUUGCAGAUUUUGGAGGAAUACUUUGAUGUAACAAAUCUGAUUAGGAGCUGUGUGCAAGGUGCAGUGAGCAUGCUAAGAGAUGCAACAGACAAUUCAGAGCUGAGCACAAAAAGAGUGGAGAACCUGCUCACACUUUUGGAUGAAAGUCAGACACAAGGUAAAAAUAUCUGGGUUCUGACCUUUGUUGUAUACCUAUACAUGUAUGCACUGAAAUAGCAUGAAAGUAUUUUUUGGCUAUGAAUUAUUUUAUCAAAGGGUUGUUCACAAGCAUCUUGAGGAGGCGUAUCCACUCACUGUUAAAGGAGUAUGAAACCAACACUCCCAAUCCGAAGAGCUGGGUUCUAAGAGAGGCUUCAAAUAUCAGUGCUCUUCAAGAGGGGGGAACAUUUCUGUAAGUCUCUCCUUCACAUUGACUAAGCAGUCUACAUCCACUGUGUUGAUAUGUUGAAAAACAAUUUUAAGAAAUUAUAACUUAUAAAAUUAUAAAAUUUGCUAGUAAAGCAAUGUGACAUUUUGUUUACAUAGGCACACAUUGUGGAGGAAAGUACAAGCUGUUGUCACUCCUCUGCUAGCUAACGUGGUCUCGAUCAUUGACCGGGAUUGCAAUUUGGAUCUCCUGCUGACUGGAUGUAAUGACAUCAAAAACCUGUGGCUCAAGAUUUUUGAGAGCAAAGAGAUGCUCCCUGUACCUUAUGAGAGGAUGGAAAGCAAGUAAGUAUCUUGUGAUUGAGUGAACGUGGCACCUAAAAAAAUCAUGGUUUGAUUUUUGUUCACAUCUUGGGUCUACAAGCUUAAUAAAAUUUUAACAGUAUGCCAUAGAUGUUUUCUUUGCUUUUAGAUUUUAUUUUUCUGAAACUUUAGAGAGGAGAAAAAGGAUUUCAGUCCUCGUUCUGUAAUUAUUUUUUUUGUCUCAAGCAGAUUGCAAAGCCAAAUGAAUUUAAACUCCAGCAAGAAGCCUUUUCAGUUAAAACUGUUAUUCUGAUUCUACUGCCUAUGAUUCAAAUCUGGAAUUCUUUAAUGCAGCUCCAGUGUCACAGUACAAAGCCAUAUCACAAGUGGCAGCACCAUGUGCUGCUGUAUGCCCUUCAGUUGGUGGAUCAAAGACUUUAUGGAUGGGCUCAUGAUGCAGGCAUCCAGACACGAUGGUAAAUAUUAUCCUAAGCUACUAAUUCAAAUGCCCUCUGAUCUGGAAAUGGACUGUACAUUUGAGUGCUAUCUUUGAGUUGAGUUGUUUUUCUUUGUAAAAAAAAAAAGUGUCAUGUUGAUUUCUAAUACAUUGGUGGCCUUAACUUUUAUUUGCAGAUCAUUCUAGGGGUCAGAUGCUAGAGUUAUUCUCAAGCACUCCUCUGGGCAGGUACAUGAAUGAAAAUGUGAAUGAAAAAAUGAAGGAAGAGUUCUUUCAAAGGUACCUACAGGAUUUUGUUUCAAUGACAUUUAAACGGGGAUCUGAUGAAGAAUUACAGGUAAGGGAAAAUACAGUGCUGUUAAACUGACCCCCCCCCCCCCCCCACACACACACACACACACACACACACACACACACAGGGAUAAAUAUAGUAUCUCAUUCUGAUUAAUAAUUACUACAUCUGUUAUUUGAUGAAAUACAGUAGUGGAGAAAGUUUUCUGACACCCAAUGUAUUUGUGGUAUACAUAAUAUCUGGUAUAUUUUCUUCUCAGCUCAUGCGUCAGGCUCUGACCAGCUGUGUUGAUGAAGUCAGGAGACAAAUGAGAGAAGAAAGGGAGCUCUCUCUUCCUCUUGUGCACUUCGCCCACCAUUCCUUCCAAAGCCGUCUACAGAACCUCUCACGGAUGCUGGCUAUUCAGCCCGAUAUUGUUACUCCUUUGACAAGAAACCAGCACACCAAACCCUGUCCAGAGAUGGUAAACAACAGUUUUUGAGGCAACUUGCUGGACCCGGACAUUAAGAAAGAAGAAGAAAAAAAAAAAAAAGCCGAACCUAUUUCAGUUUUCCAAAAUGAAGACUGGUAGUAUUCGUAUGUAUUUUUUUAGGCUUUGUCCUCAAGUGGUUUAAGGGACAUUCAUACUUCGUACAAAAAUUUGACACUGGCCUACUAAACAGAGUCGAUUAAAAAUAGUCAUGCUUUAUUCUGCACUCAAGUGUAUCAGCAAAAAUGUAGUGGUUUUAUUACCUAACAUUGGAGACUCCCUUUUUGUGACCUUUGAGUCCCUCCAAUUUUAAAAAUUUCAUAUACUGUAAAUAAUGUUUUACUCUGCAAAAAAAUUAUAUUACUUUCACUUCUGUCUUGCAGGUUUUGGAUGUAUAUGCAGCCCAGGCAUGUGUUGAACACCUGGAGAAUUUAAAGCUUGACACUGAUGCUCUCUGCAAAGACUGGCUAAGGCAGGUGAAAAGGCUACAAGCCUCUUUAGAGAUGAUUUGCUCCCAACAACACUCCAAACAAUAUGGACAAAGAUGCAAUGAAAGACUCCAUCUUGUCAGGUAAGACACUUAUGCACAGGAAUGUAAUAAAGAUACUCAAAAAAACCUGCUACUGUAAUGUGAUGCAUAUUUUAACUACAAACUAACUAUGGUUUAAUAUAUUUUUAGAAAUGGAUGGAAGCGCAUCUACAUACUAUCAUUGUUUGUGGAACAUUUGCUGCUGAAUUUCCAUACCAACGAGAAUCAGCUCAGGGAACUGGUCCAGAAACACGUUCAAACCUUGAGCAGAGUAAGUAGGAAAUGGACGCAAGGAGGGAAGUCAACAUUAAUAAGACAAAGUUCCUUUUGUAACCCAUUGAGAUGUUCAUUGUUUAUGUACUUGCUGCUGACAUGUUUUGUCACAUUACAUUGUAUUUUAAAAAGAAUACAAUCAACUGAGAAAAGCCAAAAAACACGAUUUUGGCUGUGUCGUAUUCAUACCCAUUGGCUUUGGCCUGUGUCUUAGGUUCUGGAGGAAAACUCAGAUGUUAAAUCAGUGGGUCCCUUUGAGGAAGUAAUCAAAAUACUAAUGUCCUGCAAGCAGGGAGCAAGUAACCAGAUUUUCAAGUAAGGGCUUAAUUAUUUGACAGCUCUGUCCUCUCAAUCUUAUUGAAAUUGUGAAGAAUGUUCCUAAAAUGCACCUAAAUUAUUCUGGUUUUAAAUGGUUUCCUUUUCAGGUUUGGACUUAUGUGUGGGGUGUGUAUAAGGGAGCCUCAGGACCCUGUGGGACUACCAUGCCAUCACAUUUUCUGCUCAGCAUGCAUCAGGCAAAGUCUUGAAGUUGGACAGGCUUCCUGUCCCAUGUGCAGACAGGAGUUACCAGAUGACUUUCAGCCACACAUCUCUGAAGAAAUCAGGUGCAGUUUCAGUAUAAAGCGCACUUGUUUUCUCUGUAGUGGAUGAAAAUGUUACGCUGACCCUACCGGGGGUUGCUAUGAAGAAAAGCAUUGGUCUAAAGUAUAGCAGUAUUUGAAAGGGUUACAAUUUCAGAGUGUUCACUGAGUGACAGAUUGUUCUUUUCGGGGAAUCUGUCAGUGAAGCAAAGCUGAUAAAACACAGCCUUAUGGGAUUUUUAAUUUCUUUCUUUUAUAUUUUUGUUACUGUACAGGGCGUCUGUUAAGAAAAAUUCUGACCUCAGACAGCGUUGCAACAGAUUCUUCAUUGAUUUGCUCUCAGCUGUGUGCUUCAAGGAAAAUACUCCACCAACUAAAGGUGUCAUUAACCACCUGCUGUCCUUCCUGAUGGUUGAGACAGGUAACCUCUAAUGUUUAGCUUCAUGCAAAUGUAAUGUCAGUCUAAAUCUUAGCGCUUCCUCUGUGUUCUUACAGCUUUUUUUAAACUUAAGGGAAUAUUUCUGACUCUUCCUGUGAUUGCUCUGGCAAUUUUAUUGAUAAACUCCAAAGAUUAGGGAGCUGUGGUACAUCUUUUGUUUUACAAGAUUACUGUUAGAAAUAACUCUUUUACCUCUAAUUCCUCAUCAGAUAGAUUUAUAUGUUUCAGUUCUCUCUUUUUAUCAAUAAAAUACUCAAAUGCAACAUUUACAGAAAAAAAGAUAAUCUGUUCUUCUUUGUAAAUUUGUAUUCCUUUAAUGCAGAACAUAGACAGACUCAAACCAAAGAUUUGUCACCUUUUGAUGAGUCUCCUGAUAAAAACCCAGUUGUGCGAUCUGUUAUCCUCAAGCUGCUGCUCAAGUUCAGGUAGGUGAACUAAUAGUGGCACCGUCACCCUAAGGUCUAACACAUUGUUAUGUUUUGCCGUCUGCAAGAUCUGGCUCAUUUAGGAACAAUAUAGCUGCUGGAUCGAGUUCUCCUCAAAGCUGAUCUGCUCUUACUAUGACUUUAAUCAGCUUCUUUGUGUUUCAGCUUUGAAGAUGUCGAGGAAUAUUUGCAGCAGCAUUUGUCAUAUGUAGAAGACAGCAGGUUUGUGGUUGAGGAGGAUAAAGCAGAGCUAUACGCCCUGUACAUCAACUGCUUGGAGGUAAAACAUAGCCAUGAUUAAUAGUAUUAUUUGUAUUAAAAACUAAUCAAACAAAAGUAUUAACUUAAAAGAUGGAUUUCUUUGGAUGACCAAGGUGAAUAUUUAUGUGCCUUAUAAUAAAAAGUGUAAAUUCUCUGCUCUCUAAAUCCAGAUUACAGCCUCAUCUGUUUCAGCUGCUUUUAUUGAAUUAUUUGGAUAAAUUACCUGUUUUAAUGAUACAACAUGGUAACCUUUAUGCUUUAUUAUGAACUGUCUUAUAUUUUGACCCAUUUCAUUUUCUCUUUGCUCUAAUUUUUAAUAACUUGUGUUAUUGACCUUUAACAUCAUAUUUUAAUGAUUUUCUCUUUUUUUCUUCUAAUAUGUUUUUAACUGAUCUUUGACAUUUUCUUUCAAUGUCUUCAGAGUACAUGCCCGUGUGUAACUCUCCUUUUGCUUUCUUGUAACAGCCUAUCAUACUAUCUAUUGUAAAUACUGUAAGUAAAGGCUCCUUUGCCCAGCAGCGUAUAAAGGGCUUCUUCAAAAUCAGAGCCAGUUGCUGGGAUCCCAGGCAUCAAAAAUCAUGGUGUAGAUAGAGUCCAUCUUGUGCCUAAAAAGUCUUUUCAAGCUUUGCUGGAAAGUUCACUGUUAUUACAAUAUGUGGCGGAUUCUUUUGCUAGAGAGCUGGAGUUGGCCCACAGGCCAACAUUUGGCCACUAUUGUCCUACAGAAUCUGAAUGGGACUGUAGGAAGGGGGUGGAGUAAAUAUGGCUGCUGUUGGACUUUUUGCUUAUUGAUGACAAGCUCAGUUCUAACAUUUGUUUACUGAUGUUCUCUUGACAUUGUGUCUUCACAGGACUCCCUAUGGGAGAAAAUGCCUCAAGAUGGCUGCAAAGCUAAAGAGCUGAUGUUGUUUACCAGAGGUGAAACAACAUUCCUGGAUUUCUUUUUAUCUGAUGUCACACCCAUGCCUGAAAAAGUGUCAGUGCAGCAUCUACAGUAUAUUGCAAGACUGCGUCUAUGCCUCACCUUCGCUGCAUCGCUCAUCGGUGAUCAUCUGUCUGGUGAGAUUUAACUCAACUACUUUUGACUGUUCAUGAAAGCUAUUUAAAAGAAUGAAGAAUAUUUAACUAUACUGCCGUUGCAGAAAAUGAUGUCCCAGAUGGAGCUGAUGAUUUUCUGGACAUGGUUGUAAAGCUCUGUGAGAACAGUGGGAAUGAUUGGUAUCGGGUUUACCUGAUCCGCAAGCUCAGUGAACGGCAGGGUGUUGAGGUUGUUCAGACAUUGGUCAAACAACAAAAGUUCAGCUGGCUUUUUCCUGCAGAGAUCCAUCAACAGGUAUAUAAAAGAAUUUAUGCCAAUCAGAAAUUAAAUAUAUGGUGUACAUUGUAUGUCAUAAUUAUUCCAAAACAAGCAACCAAUUAACAAGUAACAUUUUUUUCAACUUAAUAGACCAGUCCCGAAGCCCUUCAGCAUCAUUGUAUAGAUUCUGACAUCAUGUAUGUUUGCUUUCUAUCUCCCCACGUGGUGUGAACAGAAUCAAGAUGGAGGCCAGAUGGAUCAGUAUCUCGUGUAUGGAGAGGAAUACAAGGCAGUGAGGGAUGCAGUUGCAAAGGCGGUGGUGGAUGGUGAAGUAGAGCAAAUUGAAGAAGUCUGUGAGGUAUUUCAAAUUUAAUGCAACAUUUGCACUUUCUUUUGUUAGUUCGACCCUUACCUUCAAUUUAUGACGUUAAGUGUUCUUAUUUUGAUAGACAGGACAAAUUUUAUUUUUUUUCACCUUGCAGUCCAUUGAGUGGCUCAUCCAAGGAGUGUUCUCUUUAGCAAUCAAAUUAGCCUGAUACAAGAAGGGGUAAUCUUUUUGGAUUUGUGUAAAGCUUUUGAUACAAGUCAUUACAAUGCACUGAUUUCAAAACUUUCUACAUUUAAUUUAGCAUCUUAGGCUGUAGGAUACAAUGUGUUAAUGCUGGUGGUGUUUUGCCUAGCAAUACAAAGUGUACUGUGGGUGUCCCUCAAGAUUCUGUGCUCAGCCCCAUAUUGUCUGCCCUCUACAUUGACGAUCUCCCACAACGGCGCCAUGAUAUAGAUCUGCAAAUUAAUGCUGAUGACACUGUUUUAUAUACACACACUAAAACAGCUAAGCUAGCAUUAUCAGCUGUCAUAGGACGGAUCACAGCAGGUCUCAGCAUUAACGUAGGCAAAUUACAGAGCCUGUUUUUCUUGAAACCAAAAAGCAGCCCACCAAUGCUGAUAAUUUCAUCAAGGCUGAGAUGAUUGAAAUAGUGAGUGAGUUUGUUUAUAUAAAAAUGUGUGUUUUUAGAUUCAAACCUUAACUUCAAGAAUCACCUUAAGAAAAGAUCAAAUCCGUUAAAUGUGAUUUGAAAAAUUUUAGACAUUAGAAAUGGUCUUACAGUAGAUGCAGCCAAGCCCCUCUUGGUACUGAAGAAACUUAAUUUUUUUAGUUUCGAAAAUUUCAAAUUAUUUACAAACAUGUGUCUAGUAUUUUAAGUGAUUUGGUCCCAUCUCCAUUGAGACAGUUUAUUAACUGUCAUUCAGCGAACCCUAUAAGAUCCACAGAAAUACCUCAAUUAAGAAACUAUUCUGUACCCAUUCGUCACACAGCCUUUAGGCAGUCAGGUUACUCUGUGAAAGCCACAACUCAGUGGAGCUUUUAGUGUAUGUGUAUGUGUGUUGGGUAUGUUUGUGAGUGUGUGUCUGUAUGGGCAUUGGUUUGUGUUCUUACGGUUCUAGUUGUGCUAUUAAAGUGUUUUUAAAUCUAUGUGAUGUCUUAUUUGGAACCUGCCAAGGAACUGCAGAUGUAAAUUAGCUUUAGGCUAACUCUGGCACAAUGCUUUAGUGCUUUGGGAGGGUAAAUCCUGGGUAAGCUUGCAACGGAGUGUCAAAAAUCCGGGGGGAAAAACCUGGCCUGGGUGACAAGGCCAGAACAAGGUUUGGGCUUACAAAAUACCACCUUAACAAAAAUACUUGACCUUAAAACAAAUGUCAUGCCAUCAAUCAGCAAUGAUGAUUAACAGCUGGUUAAUAUCACUCACCAUUAUUUGUCCGGGUUUGAUCAGUCCUCCCAGUUUGGGUUGUUCAAAAAGCAGUUUUAGCAGUUUUGUUCCGUUUUUUUUUCUAACUACGGUAAGUGUAAUCAAUUGUGCUCCGUGAUCCUUUCCAGUCAGCGUCUCCCACUUACUCUCGCCGUCUUCCUGUUUAAUAUUGCUGAAUGUGUGCUACCAUUGGCUGGCAGCGCUCACGCGAGAUUUAGACGUGAUUUGAUAAAACUCUGCUAUCAUGGCGUUUGAUUUUAAGAGUCACAAUUUAAUUACAUUUCUUAAAACAAAAUUACAGUAAAUAAUUUCAAAACAACAUAUUUCAAAACCUUUGAUCCUUUACACUUUUAAGUCUUUUUUCUUAAAAGAUAUUAAUCAUGUCAUUUUCUAUGACCUGGGUUACAAUGUGGUCCUUGACACUUUGUUCACACUGGAAGUAACUGCCCAUUUUGUUUACUGAAGCCUCUCAAUUCCUAAUAUUUGUUCAUUUGGGGCAGCAGUAGCUCAGGAGAUAGACUGAAAGUCCAAUAACUGAAAGGUUGGUGGUUCCACCCCCCCAUCCCUAGUCUGUCCUUGGGCAAGACACUUAACCCACCUUGCUCCCAGUGUGUGUCCUCCACUGGUGUAUGAUAGUAAGUGAUGUUUGGUGGUGGUUGGAGAGGCCAUAGGCGCAAACUGGCAACCAUAUCUCUGUCAGUCUGCCCCAGGGCAGUUGUGACUACUGAGGUAGUUUCAGUCAAGCACCUGAAAUUACUAAGCUACUUCACCACCAUCAGGGUGUGACUGUGUGAGCGAAUUAAUGACGUAUCCAAUGAAAAGCACUUUGAGGGUCUCUGAUAAAGCACAAUAAAAUCUGAUGCAUCAUUAUUAUUAUUAUUAUUAUUUUAGGGAUGCACAGCACCACCAAGAAAUCGAACUCUGUUCAUCCUCUUGGCACUUUUCCGAGAAGUUUCAACUCUGUACAGGUCUGCAAAUACAAGUCUUCACCCAACUACAGAGGUAAGAAAAGCACUGAAAUAGAACACUGGUAUUUUCUAACCUUGGCCUGUUUUUUCCCAUGUGUUUGUGUGUGCUUGACAGAUAAGGAGAACAGUUUCUGAAAUUAGUGAAGUAUUAAAGCAGAGUGGAGCAUCUGGCAGCUGCGAAACAAGCUAAAACUUUGACUGGGCAAUUGUGCAUUGUCAAACUGCGUCCACUACAAAUAAUUUAUUUUCACCACUGACAGGCUCCGAGUGUUAUUGCAUGUCACGAGAGCAGAAUGGCACAGGGUUUUCCUGUGGUCAGUGUACAACCAAAUCUUGUUGGUGGAGAAAUGUUGUUCUGUUAUUUUGCGAGAUCUCACUUGUUGCAGGAAGACGACAAAGGACAUUUGAGUGAGUCACACAAGGAGACUCAGAGAGCACCAGGACUGAAGCACCUGGACUGUUUGAGAGUAGUUAUGUGGCAAAGUUUGUUUUAGAGCUAUGGAUGAAUAUUUGCCUGAUUUUGACAGUGUGGAUGAGGUGAAUAUGAUUAUACUGAUGAAGAGCUCCUACAAGUUGAUGAGCAAACAAAGAAAGAGCGAGAGAGGGAAAACAGAGGGUUUAUAUCCUGUGGUGCUGUGAUCCUAUGCCCACAGAGUAAGAAUGUGUGUGUUGUGAAGAGUAGGACCUGUUGAUGUCUAACAUCUGUGGUGUUGAUGUUAGGCACACAAUGCUAUGUGAACACCUUAGAGGAUUUGUAUUAACAAAUUUUAGCCCCUCAGUGGUAACCAAGGCAACAAUAAGUGUCAAUCUGGAAGUAACAAUGAAAUAAGAGUUAGUUUUUUUUUAGAGAUGCUUGAAUCAAGAAUUGUGAUCAGAAACCAUGAGCAGACAUUUGACCUAAAAUGUUCUAAAGAGAUGCUUUAAAAAUUUGGCUUGUUUCUGUUGUAUAUUUACUUAUAUCUUUCUUGUAGCGAUGUCAAGAAUUUGAAGAGUUCAUCCAGGGCUCAAGUUAUCUGCACCAAAAAGAAGUCAGGAACUUUGCCUCAGCCUUGGUUCACAACACACUGGGAGCCCUGACCUUGAGCCCUGAGCAAAGCGUUACAGACAAUGCUGUCAUUGAGCUGACUAUUCAUCUGGCAGCUGUACUCCUCACAGGGAAUCAGCCCUUGGUGAUGCCACUCAAGCAGCUCGGUUUGUCUCCUGAAAAUAUGCAGGUAAACUACAUCAGAUCAUGUAUCAGAAGUUUGAUUCCCUUUGUAGCUGAUACAAAAGGAAUCAAAUCUUUAAGCUCACCUCCUUUCUGGCACCAAGAAGCGUGAGCACAUAACUCCAGUGCUCUCUUCUCUACACUGGCUUCCAGUUAGGUACAGGAUCAUUUUUAAGAUUUAAGAUUUAAAUCUCUGAAUGGGCUGGCCUCAGAGUACCUGGCUGACCUUGUUAAGCUACACCAACCCUCCAGAGCCCUUAGGUCUGCUAACCGAGUCGUCUUAGACAUGCCUCGUUCUUUUUUAAAAUCCAGAGGGGAGCGAGCGUUUGCGAUUGCAGCUCCCACUUUGUGGAAUGCACUACCCCUCAGUGUGCAUACUGCAAAUAGUCCCUCUACUUUUAAAACCCAACUAAAGACGCACUUGUUCACCUUAGCUUUUGGCGGAGUAUGAAACUUGUAUUGGUUAUAUAUUCGUUUUUGUUUACAUUUAUAUGUUACAUGUCUUUUGUUGUUGCUGUUUGCUGUGUAUGACUUGCUUUUAUUGCUACUGCUUAGUUAUUGUAAAGCACUUUGGUAGGCCACUGGCUGUUUAAAUGUGCUAUACAAAUGAACUUGACAAACUUGACUUGACUUUAAAGUCUCCUGAACACUGACUCAUAACUUUGUCAGAGACAUAAAAGAUGGAAAUUGGCAGCAAAAGCGAUAACUUUUAUAAAAUUGAGUGAAUAUAAAGAAAACCUUGUAAUGUCUUAGAAACAUGUUAACAGAUCUCCUAUAACUUUCAUAUUAACUUUUGCAUUUCAUUUAUUUGACCUAACAGAGGGCAUUUAUACCCACAAUGCCUGAUGACAUGUUAGCUGUUGCCCAGACAGUAAUACAACAAAAUUAUGGGAGGCUUUCUUGGUACGGUAAGUAUUAUUGUAAUACAUUUUAUUAAAAACAACAAAAUGUGAGUUUUUCCAGCUUCUUUUCAUUUUUUUCUAAAUUUUAUGACUUAAUCACCUCACUUAUCCUAUCAAGCAGAUUUCAUUACAGCACAAGUUGUCUAAAAGUCUUGUAUAAUCUGUUUUGUUCUGGGUUUUUGUUAUUAUACUGACGGUCAGACAUACUGAUGUCAUGAGGGAUAUUCAACUAUUUCUUGGGUUACUUAAUCUUACUCCCCCAAAAUUUGAGAUUUAAGCCUGUUUGGGUUUUUUUUUUCAGUGUGUCCAAAUAAUCAUCCAUGCUUUGUUGAUGAGGUGAGCUAUUUUAUCCAAUUCUAGUUUAUUUAUUUACACAAAUGAAAAUAAUUUGAGGUUAAUUUAUUGAUCUGCUGUGUUACACUGUAGUGUGGCCUGCCCAUGCAGCGAGGCGAAUGUCCCGACUGUGGACUAGAGGUUGGGGGGGAAAAUCAUAAAGCCCUGCCUGGAUUUAGAUGCAUACAGGUGCAGCAGUGAGUAUCAUUGAUUUUGGGGCCACAGUCAUUCAUUGAAUUGUUUCUUUAAUGUAAAGAUUAAGCAGAACUGUUCAUUACCCUUUUAUGUAGUUAGCUCUUUAAAACUGGACUUUUGUUGGAACAAGGUACAAGAGAGGAUGGUUCUUUAAUGAGAACAAAACUAGGCAAGUCUUCACAAACUAUCCCUGUUUUGUGUAAAGUAAUUCAGUUAAAGUUUAUGCUGUAUGUUGUCAGCUGCCUAUAAUGUGAUGAUUUAUCGGCCUGUUAACAUUAUGUUGUGAUGCAGCAUGAUAAAAUAAUCUAGAUGUAAAUAUUAACAAAGCAUAUAAAGCGUGUACUUAAAUUAAUGACAUUAGUUUAAGACUUGCCACUAUAUGGUGAUCAUUUUAAAUUCAUUUCAAAUGUCAUUGUAUUACAGCAUUUCAUAGCAAGUUAAACAUCUGACUGACUGAUUUACUGCCUGUUGCUUAGGGAUCAGACAAGGCGUGGCCACAUCCUAGGUGACCCUGAGCGGAGAAACAACCCUGAUGCCCUGGACACUAAAAACAUGUCUCUGGCUGCCUUCACUCUGGUCAGGCUGGUUACACAUCUGGCCAUGUUGUUGGGAGCCUCAGAGAAACCCCAGGUCAGCAGACGAACAUCUCGAAUUAACUGCAUCCAGAGUGCUGUUUUGGUCUAGUGGUCAAAAUAGAGGCUAUAGUUCUCAAAGCAGGAAGCCUGUGGCCCUUAACAGUGUCUCAUUGCCCUCUUUCCAUCUCUCAGUUUCUCACUCUAUCCACUGUCCUGUCCUCUCAGUGAAGGCAUAAAAACCUUGAAAUAAACUUUAAAAUGUUUGAUAGCAGGUACCCGUGUUGAAUUUAAAUGCCCUGAAAGGUGAGAUAAAAAUGAUUCUGAGAUAAAACAGCGCUCUUUACUCUCUGCUCCAUUAGCAUUUCCAGAACAUCAUCCAGCCACCUGUGGAGGAUUCUUGUCAGUUUCUCAGGCUGCAUACACUUAAGGAUCUGGAACAGCUGUCUCAGACACUGGGAGGAGGUGCUGAUGACACUGCAGCAACUGUCCACCUGGUGCUCAGAUCACUUCAAGAGCUAGAGCCGGCCGGUUACUGUAAGCCUGUCACCACUCACCCACUGUGAAAUUACUCUUUUUUAUUUCUCAUUUCCCUUACUAUUUGAUUUUUUUUCCUCCAUCUGUGAGGCAUAUAAAGUAAAAUGUUUUUUAAAUUUACAUUUUUAAUGUUUGGUUUUAUUAUUAUUAUUUUUUUAAUACAUAAAACAGCACUGGGUUUAUCUCACAAAAUACUAUCUUUUUGACUUUGACCAGCUGGUACUGAUCCUUACCUGACUAACAAAGCAUCCAGAAACCAUUGGGAGACAACAGUGGCUGAAGAGAUUAUGACACCCAAGUUGAGGGUAAAACCGUUUACUUUAUUUUUUAUCCUUUUAAGUCUGUCUAUCUGUUAGGGUGUUAAAAUUGAUCAUUCUUAUUUAGAUGUUUUAAUUUAGUACUGUAAUACUUUAUAUUCUCAUUUAUAUGAUCUUAUGAUCAUAUUGAUCACUCUCCUUAUGGUGUGAAAAUUAUAUUGUGUCUAGGACCUCGAUGGGCUCCUACAACAGGCAAAGGAGAGCAUAAGGACCGACUCCCGUGUGUCCUCCAAUUUCAUCAUGAGGACGACUUUCAGUGAUGAUUGUUCCUUCCUGAAAUCACUGGCACAGGGCUCUCAAGUCCACAGCUCAGCUGUGUGGAGCUGCAGAACACGGCUCUCACUGCCCAGACUCAUGCACAUUGUGGAGCAGUACGACCAAAAGGAGGAGCUGCCUCUUCUGUGGAGGUUCUUGCAGAAGGUAACUGUCCAGACUCUGUAGCAUAUUGACUUUAGAAUCACUAUUUCAUCCUCCUUUCUAGCUCUUAUUAUCAGUCAUGGUAAGUUUUCCCUUAAAACAAUUUGUGUGGUUAUGGCCUCUAUACUUUAUGUAUGUGAGAGUGGAGUGUCGUAAUAUGUUCGUUUUGUGAAAGCAAUGAUAACAGACAUGAUUUAAUUUGAUCUUUUUCCCAAUCAGGAGAUUGAAUUCCGGCAGAUAAAGCACCUGCCAGUCAUCCUUAUCCUGCAGAAAGUCUUGGUGAAAAAGUUCCAGAAUGCAUCAGACCAAAUAGUGGGCUCCAUCAGAGAUUUCAUUGAAAAGCAGAGAGGUGGGAUAACUAUAAUCAAUGAGCCACAUAUUAUGUAUUCUCAGUUUUGACUGUUUAUUUCAUCUAUACAUAAACUUGGUUCAUUUUCUUUGGAUUUGAUUUGUGUCUCUUUUCUGAGUACUUUCACUCAAAGAACAACCACUACUGAAUGAUGAACUUCACUUCUGAUACCCUCUGAUUUAGUCUUGUAGCCAUGCAGUCAGGACAAAGAAUACCGUAAUCAGUGGGUCAUAGACUCAGCCAUUGUCAGCAAAACUUUGUCAGCAAAGUUUUUGAAACAAGAUUCUGAAUUAGAAGCCAAUUCUGGCUCAAGAGAGUCAGGGGUAGAAAAACAAAGUCUGUCUGUUAUUUUUCACACACACGGUUUAUUGUCUGUUUUUAAUCUCUCACCAGUGAAAUUAAGAGAUUAAUUUCAAAAUGUCUUUUUUGUUUGUUUGUUUGUUUGUUUGUUUGUUUGCAGGUUCAAAGGCAUGGUAUGAGAAACACAUUAAAACCUUCCUGACGACCUGGAAUCUGCUUAGAGUGUCUGUAAAAAGCAGUGAGUAUUUUCCUUGACAACAAUUCUCAACUCAACUCAACUCAACUUUAUUUGUAGAGCACUUUAAAACAACCACAGCUGUACAAAGUGCUGUACAUAACAGGACAAAAACAACAAGAUAAAAAACAAUCAAGAAACAAUUAAAACAAUGGAUAAAAUAAAAGCAGAAUUAAUAAUAAAUUAUAGCUUCAAUGUUUUUAAAAACUAAUUUAAAAACAUAGAAACAAAUAACUAAAAACAAACCAUAAAACACUAAAACAGGAGCCGAGUCUCAUGGAGGGUUAAAAGCCAAUGAAUAAAAAUGGGUUUUAAGACGAGUUUUAAAAAUGGACAGUGUGGGGGCUUCUCUAAUUUGGAGGGGUAGCUUGUUCCAUAAAAUUGGGGCAGCAACAGAAAAAGAUCUAUCCCCUCUGAGCUUCCGUUUGGACCUCGGUACCUCCAGGAGCAGCUGAUCAGCUGACCUGAGGCACCGAGCUGGGGUGUAGGGGUGGAGAAGCUCAGAGAGGUAUGAUGGAGCCAGACCAUUUAAAGAUUUAAAAACAAAUAAAAGAAUCUUAAAAUGAACUCUAAAAUGCACAGGUAACCAGUGGAGGGAGGCCAGGAUGGGAGUAAUGUGCUCCCUCUUACGUACUCCAGUUAAGAGCCGGGCGGCUGCGUUUUGAACUAACUGGAGACGUGAGAGGGAGGACUGGCUGACUCCAAAAUAAAGUGCGUUACAGUAAUCCAGCCGAGAUGUAACAAAGGCAUGGAUUACUGUUUCAAAGUGCGUUCGUGAAAGAAAAGGCUUUGCCUUCGCCAGCUGCCUAAUAUGAUAAAAACUGGAUUUCACUACGGAGCUAGUUUGCCUGUCGAAUUUAAAAUCACUGUCCAUCUUAAAACCCAAAUUUGAGACGGUUGGCUUUAAAUAAUCUGCUAAAAUACCCAAGUUUACAGGAGGGGUUUCACAAGGGCCACUGGGACCAAAGACCAUCACUUCCGUUUUUUUUUCAUUGAAGUUUAAGAAAUUCAAAGCCAUCCAGGCUUUGAUGUCUUCAAGACACGCCAGAAGUGGAGUGAGGGAGAAAGCAUUUUUUUUGUUAAGUGGCACAUAUAUCUGACUGUCAUCAGCGUAACAAUGAAAUGAAAUGCCAUGCUUUCUCAAGAUGGAUCCCAGGGGCAGCAAAUAUAAAGAAAAGAGCAGGGGCCCUAAAAUCGACCCUUGUGGAACCCCAUACGGCAGUGGAGCAGAGCUGGACUUUAUAUCUCCAAGGCUCACGCUCAUAGUUCUGUCGGUCAAAUAAGACUUGAACCACUCUAGUGCAGUACCACGGACACCUAUAAGGUAGCUUAGCCGAGCCACCAGAGUAUUGUGGUCCACUGUGUCGAAGGCUGCAGUUAGAUCUAACAGAACAAGAAUAACAUAAUCACCAGAGUCAUUUGCCUGGAGGAUGUCGUUAAAAACUCUUAUUAAAGCAGACUCUGUGCUGUGGCGAGAUUUAAAACCAGACUGGAAGACCUCCAAGACACCAUGCUCAUCCAGAAAGGACUUUAGCUGAACAUGAACAACUUUCUCUAAAAUCUUUGAAAUAAAAGGAAGCUUGGAGAUGGGCCUAAAAUUGGCCAGCACACUGCAAUCAAGGCCUGGUUUUUUAAGUAGAGGCUGCACCACUGCAUGUUUAAAACCUGGCGGAACAACACCAGAGGACAGACUGCUGUUUAUGAUAGCCAGAACAGACUGACCUAUGCAGUGGAAAACCUCUUUAAACAGCCUGGGAGGGACAACAUCACAGGGAGAACCUGCAGGCUUAAUAUGGCCAACCAGCUCUUCUAAAUAUGACAAAGACACAGGCUCAAACCUGUCAAGAACUGCCGAACAAGGAACAGGCACAGAGGGGUCGGAUGCAGGAGCACAGAUGAGAGACCUGGCAGUCACAACCUUUUCAAUAAAAAAGUACAGAAAAUUAUUGCACAUUUCCACAGAUGCCUCCAAGCUGGCAGGCUGUGGGGCGUUUAGAACAGUGUCGAUACUUUUAAACAGCACACGUGGGUUAUGGUGAUUUACCUCCACCAAGUUUGCCAGAUAUUGUAUUUUGCUCUGUUUAACAGUUUUCUGGUAGGUGAUCAAGGAGUCCUUAAGGAUUUGGAAAGAAACCUGCAGCUUGUCUUUCUUCCACCUUCGCUCAGCUUUGCGGCACUCUCGUCUGGCUGCGCGAGUUUCAUCAUUGAACCAGGGCUCCGAUUUAGCCUUUGGCCGAACAGUUUUUAAAGGAGCCACAGAGUCCAGAAUAUUUUCACAGAAGGAAUGAAACCAGGAGCUGAGCACCUCUGUGUUCGCACAGGAAGGGCAGACACAGAGCUGUUCAAAAGCCACAGAGAAGCGACCGGCAGUGGAGGGGUUAAUAAUCCGGCGUCUCUGCGCAGGAGCGCCAGAUUUAACCUCAGAGCAAGAAAGGUGCACUUCAAUCAAUACAGGCCUGUGAUCAGAAAAUACAUCAUCACAUAUCACCAGGUUAGACACAUGUAAACCAUGACACAGUACGAGGUCCAGUAAAUGCCCGUGCUCGUGUGUGGCACCCGACACACACUGCACCAAAUUAAAAGAGUCAAUAAGACUUACAAAGUCCUUCACCAGCGGCUUUUCAGGACAACACAGGUGAAUAUUAAAAUCCCCAAGAAUAAGGACACGAUCAUAGUUCGGCAUAAUUUCAGCCAGUAGACCAGAGAAGUCAUUUAAAAACUCCUUAUUGUAUUUGGGGGGGCGAUAAAUGACCGCGCACAGCACCGGGUCAGACCGACCCACCUCAAAUAAAGUCACCUCAAAGCUUGAAAAAGAGGAUGAUACUGUGCGCUGCUUGCAUUUAAAACCAUUCUUAUAUAUCGUUGCUAUUCCUCCACCACGACCCGACGUCCGCGGGGAGUUAAAGUAAGAGCAGUCGGGAGGUAAAAGUUCGGCUAGAGCGCUGGACUCACCCGCACCGAUCCAAGUCUCUGUCACACAGAGGAAAUCCAGGGCACGAGAGCUGAAGAAAUCCCUCAGGAUAAAAGUUUUAUUCACCAGGGAUCUGGCGUUUACCAAGCAGAUCCUGGCGGGUGCUGGGGCCGGGGCCUGUAGUCCGGUGGGUCGGGGAGCCGGGCGCAGCGAUCUGAGGAGCCGAUGGUCCACCCCACGCUGUGACAGCCGAAGAGGGCAGAGGCGGCGGGGUUCGGGUCCCUCCGCUGAGCCGAUGACAGGUACCAGACAGACGCCGAUCGGGUCCAGAAAGCGACGAGGCACAAAGACAUGAGGGGAUAAUCCAUGCCCUGUCCGGAAAAUGGACGAAGAUUGUGACAGCCGAAGCUUUAGCUUCACCAGCCGACCGCCGCGUCUGCCGCGGCGACGAGGACGCCUCCGGCGAGAAGGCAGGGCCGGUGUUCCGGUUUAACUGGUGAUCAUAUUAACUGGUGAGAUUUAAGGUAAAUCUGAUCCAGAUGUUGAGUGUUCAGCAGAUUCGCCACAAAAGCCUCAGUCCGGACCGAACGGUCGCCGGCACUUUCAAGGAGAAAAUCUCCGCAAACAUCAGUGCUUUUCACAUAUAUUGACAACCGGAGAUCCCGACCAAACUGCCCACUCAAAGAAGCACAAAAAAAUAAAGAGAAAAACAUUGUGAGAAACACAGCUAAACGUCGUAAGGAGGACUCGAACCACAACGCUAAUAAGAACAAGUAUCGAGGGGUGAGCGCGCUGCCGUAACGCCACAGAUCGGCUUAUUUAGUACCUCGCGUAUCUCAUACUUGUCAUUCAUUGUUUCCAGGGUGUCACCACAUAAUCCGCUCCUGUAGAGAAACACGCCCAUAUUAGCUGGUGACAGCAGUAGCCUUUCCGUGUUGUGACGAUCAUCUCAUAAUACACAACAUUUCCUCUGAAAGGUCUGCCACAGCGAUCACUCGUGGACGUAUCGCAGUGUACCAUGUCUACCAUGUGUACCAAGUGUAAAGAGCCUUUGUUAACUCGUGAGACGCAUGUGUGAUACAUUUUGAACAUCGAUCACGAAACACUGGACUUUUUUUAAAACGAUUAUUGAUUAAAACUACACGCAGGACACAAAUACUCCUUAUCGCAAUCGGGAUUCCCCACACAGUCAGAAUGAUGCCAAUACUGGCAGUUUGUACAUUCAAUCUGAAAAGGAGAGCAAAGACAAUCACAGCGGUUUUGGUCCUCGAACUCGCAACGCAAAUAAGAACUAACGACGAGAGGCGAGCGCGCUGCCGUAACACCACAGAUCGGUUUACUGAGCAGUCCGUGUACCUCAUACUUGUCGUCUACUGUUUACAAGGUGUCACCACAUAACCUGCUCCUGUAGAGAAACACGCCCAUGUUAGCUGGUGACAGCAGUAGCACCUGAGAAAUUGUGAGCAUCUGUGAUCAUUUUAAUCAUGGAUCUUUUUAGCAAAGUCUACGACCGCGGUCACAUUGAUGGGCGUGUUGCAGUGCAUCACUUUUCAUUGGAAAAAGCACGAUCGGUAUCAGUCUGUGAAUCCUGUUCAUCGACAAUGGCAAUAAAACCCCCUCGGUUCUGAUCGGAUAUGACGACAUUUGUUGUAGGACCAAAACCGCUGUGAUUGUCUUUGCUCUCCUUUUCAGAUUGAAUGUACAAACUGCCAGUGUUGGCAUCAUUCUGACUGUGUGGGGAAUCGCGAUCAUGAUAAGGAGUAUUUCUGUCCUGCAUGCAGUUUUAAUGAAUACUCUUUAAAAAAAAAAAAAAAGUCCAGUGUUUAAUGGUCGAUCUUCACAAUUUAUCACACAUGCGUCUCACGAGUUAACAUGGGCUCUUUACACAAAGGCACUGCGAUACACCCAUGAGUGACCGCUGUCGCAGACUUUUAAGAAGAAAUGGUGUGUAUUAUGAGAUGAUCGUCACAAUUGAACACGGACAGGCUACUGCUGUCACCAGCUAAUAUGGGCGUGUUUCUCUAUAGAAGCAGAUUAUGUGGUGACACCCUGUAAAAAGUGGAUGUCAAGUAUGAGGUACACGAGGAGUUCAGUAAGCCGAUCCGUGGCGUUACAGCAGCGCGCUCGCCCCUCGUUGUUAGUUCUUAUUUGCGUUGUGAGUUCAAGUCCUCCUUGCGACGCCCAGCUGUGUUUAUCGUAAUGUUUUUAUCUUUAUUUUUUUAGUGCUUAUUUGACUUGGCAGUUUGGUCGGGAUCUCUGGUUGUCAAUAUAUGUGAAAAGCGCUGAUGUUUGCGGAGUUUUUCUCCUUGAAAGUGCCGGCGACCGUUCGGUUCGGACUGAGGCUUUUGUGGCGAAUCUGCGGAACAGCCAACAUCUGGUUCAAAAUCUCACCAGUUAAUAUGAUCACCAGUUAAACCGGAACACCGGCACCCGGCACAGGUGAGGUGGAAUCCCCGCCAACAGCGGGGGCAAACUGUCUUUGCCACCCCGAUCAAAACCACGCAAAUCUGUGGCUUUUUGUUUGAGUGAUAAAAGAGACUGGCGAUCAUACACCAACAGAGACUCGAUUUGUUUAGUGCCAAUGGUUAAAAACAACAGAAAAAACAAGCAUUGCAGUAGUAGCAGACGUAGCAGACGGCCAGCCACACACACCGGCGCCAUCUUGCCCAGUCUAUGACUGCAAUGACUGCAUAUUAUUCAAUACUGCAUUAUUUUGUUUUUUUAAGAAAGAAAUUGGCUGCUGCAGAUACAGAGCACUUUGUCUUUUUAUUUGUUGUUUUUGCAACUUUCGUCUGCAUGCUGAAGUGUCUUUGGUAAUAAACUGAGCCCCUAAUAUCUCAUCGAUGUUUUAGACAAUAUAAACACAUUCUAGAUGAAUGGCACUUCAGGUAGUUCUUUAUGAGGUAUGAGAUCCAGAAGUUGAAUAUACAUCUUUUUCAACCUACAGAUGAGAUGAAAAUACCAGAAGAAUUCUGCAGUGAAGAUUUGAACCUGGACAGUGACCUGCAGUACCUCCUGCCCCGACGUCAGGGUCCAGGACUGUGUGCUACAGGGCUGGUCAGCUACCUGGUGGCUCUACAAAAUGAGCUGGUGAAUGCUGUGGAUAAUCAGACUGGAGAGGACAGCAGGUAAAAAAUACACAGAGCCACAAAGCACAGCGUUUGCCAUCCAUGCAGAGGAGAACUCCUCAGCUUAAUAGUGUAACUUUCCCGUGAAACAGUGGCAGUAUUUAAUCAUGACAUCUCAAGCUUUUCUUAUUUUGGAAAUAGAAAUGUUACUGCAGGAAAAAAUGUUUUAAAAAUGUUUGUUACCCCACGCCCUCAGCUGUUACAGGGUGGGUUUGGCAGAGCUCACAGGACACCAUGUGAUCAGCUAUGAGGUGGACAAAGACCUGCUUCCUCUGGUAUUAUCCAACUGCCAGUACAGCUUGGAACGGGGCCAUGAAACAAUAUCAAACUAUGAUUUGCCCAGGAUUCAGCAGCAGAUCCUCACCCGCUUCCUGCAGGGAAAACCUCUCAUCACCCGAGAAGUAAGUCCAUACAGGCGGAAUUAUGGUUCAAGCAAAUGAUGGAAACAUCACAGUACAGUAACAGAGUUUUGUAACAAUUUUCAUGUUCAAAAAUCUUAUUGUUUUUUUCGUUUUAGGGAAUUCCUACGCUAGCCGGCACACAAGAGAGAAACUAUGAAACCAUUUUUAAAACUGUAAAAGGAAAAGUGAGACAGGUAAAUUAUUCAACUCUAACUUGGAAUUGGGUCCUUUUAAUCUGGGAUGUGUCCAGACCCCUCAGUUAUUUUCAAAAUGUUAAGCAUUAUUGCAUUUUUUUUUUCAAUGUACAGCAUAUAUCUGUGAUAAAUGUUGCUGGGAAAUCUUUGUGAGAAAAACUUUAGGAUAAAAUCAAAUCAAUAAUCCCUCAACUAGUUUUUUAUGUUGAAUAUACACACAGAUAAAAUUAGGACUUGCUUCUCUGAUAGUUGUCAGGGUGGAGGUUUAAAAUACUGGGUGUUUCGAGUAUUAUACAAAAACAGAUCAUAACAUGUUUUCACAUAACUACCUUGUUAUAAAUGAGCUGAAGAAGAAAAAACAGACUUCAUCUAAAUUCUCAGAAUAAUUACAUCGAGUUAAGGGUUCAUGUUUUGUUGAAUGUAAUUUAUCUUGUCUUAAAGGUUAUAUAGACAAGUUAAAAAAAAAACAUAAAUUAAGCAUAGCUUCUUCAGUUGUGAAUCUAAAAACAGCAGUCACAUAUUUACACUACAUAAUGUACUUGGUUGUUUAAGGACGCUCUGCUAGCUCUAACUCGGACUGCCGUGUCCAGAGAACUGGAGUCCUACAGCGAGGUGUGUGAGGCACUCAGGAUUGUAGAGCUGCUCCUGGGUUUCCUUUCAAUGGCAGGCAGUGAUCCCAUGAUGUCUUUGGUCACUUACCUCCAGGACAUCCUGAAAAUGGCCGACCACAUUGAUCAAAACAUAUUGCAGGUCAGUGCACGUGCAGCUUCUGUCUGAAGUGAAGGCGUUCUCCUGAAGGAACUUGGAUGUAAUCUGUAAUUGACACACUUUUCAUUAGACCGUCCAUAAAACAAACCUUUACUGUUUCUUCAGGCUUUGAAGAGAUGCCACCUCAGACACUGUGUUAGUCUGUGGCAGCUCCUCUUCUCCCUCAAAUCUGAACACAUGCUGCUCCUCAAGAAGGUAAGUGACACUGGUGGCUUUAUUUAAACGGAGUAGACUGUUCAGACCGCAGGUGUGUGUGAUUUUUCUGUGAGACUGGACCAAACAAACAGAAAAAUAAUAAACUUUAUCAACUGUGUUUAUCACAAGCGCUAAAAACAUGCUGCAGUUGCACUUCAGGAGUACUUUUUAAAGCAAAUGUCUGAUCUAUGUUUUUCCUGUGGAGAGACCCCCAUUAUUUUCACACUGUUUUUAUUCCCAAGUUCAGUCCAGGAAAGUUAUUCAGUCUCACUGUUUCCUGAAAAGCAUUUCCAGGUAUCAAUGAAAUUAUACAUAAAACAAAUUCAGAAUGCAUUAAGAUACAUAAGUUUAAAAUCAAAUCAAAUCUGAUUAUAAAAGUUUAAUUUCAGUAUGAACCCGUUUUUGUCAUUACAAUUUAGGCUCAGAUCGAUACACUUGGUAUCCCAUUAUAAAAAUACAAAUGACUGCAUAAGGGACUGUGCUGUACGUAACCAGACCCCACAGUGGAAACGCACCAUAAAUGAAUGAUUAGAAAACUGUCAUAUUGUCUUUGUCACACAGUAUGACUUGGCCAAUGUGUUUUUGUUACGAGGAGCCCUUUUCAGAGUGUCCCACAGAAUACCAUGAGGCCCUUGGGGAGGAAGAUAAGAUUAAGCUCAAAGGUUUCCUAUCCAGGAGGAAUAUGGACCAAUGGCUGCUGGAGAUGCAUGAGUUCCUCCUGUUGAGUCUGAGCCGCCCGAGAGCCGCAGAAGAUUACAAACCUGAGUGGAGGUAACCCUGCUAGAAAGGCUGAAUUGAUUUACCGAUCAUUUACUGACAGAGUCGUGGAACAUAUUCUUUAUGCCGAGUGUGGAGUGAACUAAAAUGCAUGUCGUCUCCCUCUCCUCAGUGUGAAGGACACCGUGGCAGCGUACAUGGAACGAAAAGAGGUGGAGGUACCUCUUUACAUUGAAGAAAACUUUCCUGAAAACCUGCAGCUGUCUCAGAUUGUGGAGACCUGGAAAUAUUGCGUCACAGCCAAGCGGGAGCUGAUGGAGAAAUGAGCUGAGUGUGUUUAAGACAGUUUUAAAAAAAAAAACGUUAGGUAACAUUUAAGAAAACCAGCAAGUCUGAGCAGACUUUACUUUUGUAUUUUUUUCAUUGUUUUGAUUAUUUUACUGAUGGAGAAAUGAGCUGAGUGUGUUUAAGACAGUUGAUUUAAAAAAAAAAUGUCAGGUAACAUUUAAGAAAACCAGCAAGUCUGAACAGACUUUUCUUUUGUUUUUUUUUUAAUUGUCUUUAAUUUUUUACUGAUGAAGGACGACAGAUUAAAAUAGUAACCUUAAGAUUCUUUAACACAUUUUAUUUCUUUAUUAUCCAGUUCAUAAGGAGAGCAAGUUUUUUAUAUUAACGAUGAAAAGCCAUGUAUGAAGAUCUCAGGAUCCACUCAAGAAAAUGUUGUAUGUCUUUAACAAGUGUUUUGUACUUUGAUUUUUCAGAUCAUGUUAUAAUAAUCCUUCAAAACCAACAGCUGUUGUGUUUAUCUAAGAGGCAGAAAGGUAAUGUGAUAAUCCAGUUUAAAGAAAUGUGAUGAUGUAACUUUUUUUUCUAUGUAAUUGAUUUGGAUCUGUAUUUGUAGAGAUGUUCGAAAGCCUGAAUAUGAUGCAAGCUUUUCAAAAGCUUUGAAGUUUCA